AUGUGGAGGAACGAGUUGAAUGAUGUGCCUUUACAAAAUCCAAGGUCAAUCAGGAGUCGAAUCCCCGUCAAAGGUUCAGAUUUAUUUUGUUGCCUAAGUUUGAAAGCAGUUUUGCCAGACUGUCUCUUAAAUUUUGGCAGCAUGUGCCUGUGCUGUGCAGUUUGCCAUGCAAGACAUAAUGGCUUCUAGAUGUGCUUUGAAAUACUGUUUCUGGGAAAGUGGUCAGAUGAUGUUGGCUUUCUUUCUUUACUCCCAGCUUCUGUUAAUACACAUUCAGGUUGCCACUUUCAAACUUUGCAAUAAAAAUUGCAUUAAAGAGUGUUGAAACCACAAUUGUCACAGCUUUUAAGGGAAGCUGCAUUUUCUCUGACUAAAAAUCCUCUUAAAGCUGUUUGCAUAUGUCCUACAACUAGUUGAAAAUAAGCUGUUCAAAGUAAAGGAAUCAUAGGUAUAAAAAGAUAGCAGAAGCAAAUUAUUUUGACUACCCAAUUAAGUCCUUUUUCUUAGCAUCUCUCUUACUAAGCUAGUACUACUGCAGUUUGAGUUUGAAGGACUGCUUCUUCACAUGUUAUCUAAUUUUUGUGCAGUUAGCCUAUGUAAUUGGUAUCACUGCAAUAAGUUACAAAAAAUAUAAUCACAUAAAUUAAAAGGUAAAGGAUGAGCUUCUGAAUGUUUCUCUCUCCCAAAGGGAGAGAACGAUAAUGUCAAGCAAUUAUUGAUGCAAGCAAAAAAUUCCUACUAUAACUGAGUUAUACUCAUUUUAAAAUAUUAUUGAAGCAUGCAAAAUAUUUGCCAUUGAAGCAGUGUUCGAAAUUCACAUUGUUCUAGGCGCAUUUUGCGACAGGGAAUUUCAUUAACGUGAGCAGUUUCUGAGCUCUGGGCGCAGUACUGUGCCUAAGAUGUCAGGUUAAAAAACUGCAGAGUAGAAAGAAAAGAGGGCCUCCCCCACUUCCAGCUACUCUCUGAAGACUGAAGAAGAGGCCCUCUUGAGAAUAUUAGCGGGGUGGGCAGGGGAAGGACUAGAUCUUGUGAAAAAUGAACAUAAUAUUUUAGCUGCAGUUCAUUCAUUUUCAGCUUUGUAUUCUUGUUACAGUGGUACCUCGGGUUACAUGCGCUUCAGGUUACAGACGCUUCAGGUUACAGACUCCACUAACCCAGAAAUAGUACCUCGGGUUAAGAACUUUGCUUCAGGAUGAGAACAGAAAUCGUGCUCUGGCAGCGCGGCGGCAGCGAGAGGCCCCAUUAGCUAAAGUGGUGCUUCAGGUUAAGAACAGUUUCAGGUUAAGAACAGACCUCCAAAACGAAUUAAGUUCUUAACCCGAGGUACCACUGUAUAAAAAAGUGUGCCUAGACAUUCCAUUGUUGCACCUGUAACCUAGGCUUAAGGUGCCAUUUAGCUCCUAGCUUUCAUAUUUCAGUUUCUAACACUGCAUUGAAGCUAUCAUGAAACUAACAAACUUGCUUUCAUUUCUUUGUGCAGUCUUAACCAGAGCACGGGAUGCUUUUUCACAGACUAAUGCAACAGUAAGUAUUAUUUUAGCAGUGAAAGAGGAAAAGGCCUGUGAAAAUAAUAGUGUAUGCACCAGUUUUCCAUAGUUCUAAACAUAUUAAAUGAAAAUUGAGAAUUUUUGUGUGUGACUUGGAACUGGUAGGUGGUUGUGGAAGAUACAUAUUCCCGCCCCCCUUUCAGCAAUAUAAGCCGCAUUUGGAUGGUCACAUACUUAAGAAGCCAAAGAGGUGAAUAUGCCUUUUGCUUGCAUGCAUGGUCCCAUUUCUCUUCCAUUUGCAGUGCAAGCAAUCAAACAAAGAGGUCUUUAGUUUACCGUAGUAGACCAGGAUAUGAAACCACAUUUUGAAAUGUGCAGGCAGAAGGUCUGCAAUAAUCAUUAUCUGAGCCAGAUCACUGUGUUAUAGAAAAUUUGCCUCAAAUCCCAACUUUUGUAAAUUCCAGGUAACAUAUACCAUGAAAUGAUAAGCCAAAUAUAAUAUCACACACAGGACUUUUUUCAGCCAGAACUCACUGGAACUCAGUUCCAGCACCACUCAGGUGGGUGCCUUUGCCAUUAUAAGAGAAGAACGGAGGCAUUCAUAGUGAGUUCCAGCACCUCUUUUGCUAGAAAAAUGGCACUGGCUUAUUCAUCCACAUGUGGUGGGAAUGCCCCAAUUUUUUUUUCUUUUGGAAAAAAGUAUAUCAUGAAGCAGGCCUUAUCACAAAACAGGAUAUCCUUUUGGAUCCUAAAAUAGCACUAUCGCCAUAUUAUUCAGAAACCGCUCAACAAAUUUCCCACAAAGAUCUCAUUACUCACCUGACAACUGCUGCACGGCUUAUAAUGUUGCAAAGCAUUGAAAGACUGUAAAUUCAGACCUGUUUGAGAUCCGGAUCUCACAUCUUUGGGACGUAAUGGACAAACUGACAACUCAUGGCUGAGAGAGUCGAACAAACAAGAAAAUCACCACCUUUCAAUCAUCUUGGCAUAGUUUUAGUACCUAUGCAACAUCAGUAGAACAUAGCUAUAUGCCUCCAAGAAGUCAUGGCGAUUUGUGGAAUGACAGUUUUGUUUAAAAACCAAAAUGGGUUAAAAGUUAAGCGUAAUUAUAUAGACAUAUGGUUCAUCUGUGAGGUGGAAAUAGUGUGUGUGUGUGUGUGUGUGUGUGUGUGUGUGUAUGAAUCACUGUUUAUCAUUGAUAUAUAUUGCAAGUAAAGAAAAACACAAUGGAAAGAAAGAAAGAGGGCUUUGCAUUAGCUGCAGCAGUGUAAACCACUCUUGCAGUCCCUGAAAUUGUUUUUAAAAGGUGGACUAUUUAGCCUUUCCCCCCUCCUCCAAGUUGAGCAGCCAGAUGAACAGGAUCCUCUAAGCAAUGUGCUGUCCUGUACGUACUUCAUCUAGACUAGAGUCUAAAACUACUGUACAAGUUUAAUUCCUAGUGCAUAUAUUUCAACAUGGGCAAAUAUUAAAAUAUAUUUGUCUUAUUCAUCUUUGGAAAAUGCCACUUAUGUCUUCAAUGAAACCUACUUUGAACUCAACUUCAUAAUCUAACAUGGGCUCCACAUUAGAUGAGACUAAUGAUUGUACAAAGUUACAAACUGAACUCCAUUCUACUUUGGUAGGCAUUUCAGCCUUUUAUAAAUCUAUCCAAUCUGUACAGCUUUGGCUUCUCUGCUUUUUUGUGGAUGUGAGAAGUGAUCUAAAUAUUUAAUUUCUAAUACACAUAUUUCUUAUAUAUCAACAUCUUAGUUGCAACACAUUGAGAACAAAUUGGAAGUAGCUCCUAACAGCACAGCUGUGUUGGAGCCUGUCAUGGACAGCAAGAAGCCAUCCGCAAGUACUACCAGGAAAAUAAGUCGGAAAGGUAUGUAUUUGAUUAGAAGAGUCAUUCUACAAAUAAGCUUGUAAGUGGUUCACACUCCAGUUUGGGAUGCCCAUCUCACACAACACAGACCUUUGGCAAAUUGGAAGACUAAAAGAUUUGGCACAGGAGGCAAACCUUCUGUGAUAUAUAAUGGUAAAUGGUAGGUGCUCUCAACUCCUGCAGUAAGAAGCUACCUCUUCUAGGAAGUACUUUUUCUUAAAUUUUUGUUUGGGCACUACCAUUGUUGACUGAUGCUUAGAAGCACCAUAAAGAACAAAAAUAAAGAUAUCAUUUGGGGCAGUUUUUAGUACUCAUUAACCAGAUGUGUUCUUUCUCAAAACUUGUAAUAGUACAGCAUUUUAUUUUCUGCCACGAUUUUGGCAUGCUUUAACACUAAACAAACUUCUGUUUUGCUCAGGUUGGGGAUUGCUGAUCUCUGUAACUAUCCCUUGGUUAUUAAAACGUAGUGCAAUGUUGCUAUGGUGUUCUGCACCUCUUGGCUCAGUUUUUGUGUGCCUGUGUCCAUUAGACUUUUUAUUUAUUUACCAGCUUGUUAAAUCCUAUCUUUCCAGUUAAAUAAUCCAAGAUGGCUUUUACAUCUAUAAAAUAACAACUUAUUCUUUAGCCCAAAAUCUUGAAAUAUGCCUCUGUUAUGGCAUUAUCAGCACACAUGUAGCCUUGGUAAUAGUAUGCUUGGAAUGUUAAAGGUAGAGUAUCUUGGCAACAGUGCCUGCGUUGUCAUAAUAGAUUGGUGAUCACAGCUUUUCCAUUCUGACAUCAGAGUCUAUGUAAAACUAAGGUCCAUUUGAGCAUUUGUGUUAGAUGGUUGAAGUCGUUUGGCUGGAGUCUAUCUCAUAUCUUUACUCAUCAGCUGGAUGAGUAUUACCUUGGUAAUGGACUGGAUGAGAGCCAAUAAACUGAAGCUCAGUCCCGAUAAGACUGAAGCUCUGUUAGUGGGUGGUUCCCUAGACCAGAUGGAUGGGAGAUGGCCUGCUCUUGAUGGAGUUACACUCCAUCUGAAGGAGCGGGUACUUAGCUUGGGCAUUCUUCUGGAUCUAAUCCUGUCACUUGAGGCUCAGGUGGCCUUGGUGGCACAGCGUGCCUUCCAACAGUUUUGGCUGGUGGCUCAGCUGUCCCCCUGUCUGGAGAGCUUAACGUCUGUUGUCUACACUCUGGCAAUCUUUAGAUUAGAUGAAUGCAAUGUGUUUUAUGUGGAGCUGCCUCUGAGGAUGGUUUGGAAACUUCAGCUGAUGCAGAAAUCAGUGGUCAGUUGCUCACUGGGGCAAGACAGCUUGAGCAUAUAAUGACAGUCCUGGCCCUCUUUAACUGGCUGCCAAUUCAUUUCCGGUCCCAAUUCAAAGGGCUAGUAUAACCUAUAAAGCCUUCUGUGGCUUAGGACCGCAAUGCUUCAAGGACCACCUUUCCCCAUAUAAACUGACCUAGAUCCUGUGAUCAUCAUCUGUGGAUCUUCUUCAUGUGCCUCCUCCAGGCAAGUUCUGAAGGGGGAAAACAUAAGAAGAGGCCUUUUCUGCAGUGAUUCCCCAUUCAUAAAAUGCUGUCCCCAGCGAGGCUUGCCUGGCAGCAGUGUUGCAUAUCUUUAGGGGCCAGGUGAAAACUUUACUCUUCAACCUGACCUUCAGCUGUUAAUCAAUUUAUGGCAUUUUUAAGUGUGUGUGGGGGGUAAUUGCCCUUUUUUCUUUUUCUUUUUUACUAUUAUUACAUUAUGUAUUUUGUGUUUUAUGCUGUAAACCACCCUGUGGUCUUUUGAUGAAGGGUGGUAUAUAAAUUUAAUAAAUCAUUAUCAUCAUCAUGCCUUGGGGAGUGUACCAUAGGACUUUGAGGAAGGCAGAGCUGGAAGGUAUGCAGAAAGAACAGCAGGUGUUGGUCUUUUCCCUGCUUGGAACCAGAUCUCAUAAGUAGUUCAUUGGCACUAUAGUUAAGGCCUUUCAGUUAAUGGCUCACAGGGCUGUGGCUGCUUCCCCACACAAUUCAUUUUUAGUGCUUUAACUCUUCCCUUUUCCUCAGCAUUGAGGCUAGGGAAGAUGGAUGUUCAGUAGAAGGCCUCAUUGGAAAAACUUUGAGAUUGGAAGCUAAAGCUAAUUUUAAAAUAAUACAAUGUAAUCCAUGUAAUAUGAUUCCCUCUCCCCUCUGGGAAUGAUGGAUGUUCUGCUACCAUUUAGACAAAUAGCAUAAAAUCUGUAAAAAUUAUUGCUCAUAAACUUUCCAGCGGGGGGGGGGGGGAGAACGUGGACAUUAUUGUUGAAUUUAUCUGUUGACUAGGAAGUGAGUUCACCAAGCUGUCCUUUAAGUGUUCUUUUGAAAUACAGGCAACCCCCAAAAUGCAGGCUUUUAAUAUAUUUUACAGAGUUUUAAAAUAAGUUUGUUACUUUGCUCCAGUUCCUUACCAUUUAUUUCCGAGCGCUUGAAACUACAUUCUAGAGACUCUGAGGAAUUAUUUAAUGUACUACUGAGUGCUAAUUGAGCACACACACCCCUGCAAGAUGCAUAGAGGAUUCCUUGGUUUCUUUUUCAGCUUCCAGGUCUUCCAGCCAGAAGGAGAGGUCCCUUCGCUGCCCCCUUCGUACCACCACUUUGGAUAGCAAUGUUGGAAAGAAUGGACAUGUUGAAUUUCAUGAACCCCUUGUGGCCUCUUUCAGGUCAGUAUGAAAUAAGAGGAAAGUUUGCUAACUCAUGGAAUCAAACCAUCAGCACAGAACCUUCCGUUUUUUAAGGAACAAAUAUUUAUUAACUUCCUAUCCUACCUUUCAAUCCAAGCAGGCUUUUGUGAGCUGGACGUUGCACAGACUGUUGAAGAUGUCAGUUAAAUGAGGGGUGAGGGAAUGGAGUGGGGGGAAGGGAAUUGGCUUACUAACUGUGUUGUCUGUUAGAGUAGACUGUUAGGAGUGCUUGUAUUCCCUCUCCUGUAUCCAGGAUGCAACAAAGAUUUUGAGGGCUCUUCCUCAAAUUCAUGGUUCAGGGGAGAUUAAUUAGUAUUGAAGGAAAACCACCACCUCUAAUUUUGAAUAAUUCUGAGCUAUGAAGGAGCAGAAUCUCUAAAACCUAAACCGCCCUGGAAAAAGGACUGAAGUUUGGGUUUUCAGAUGCAUAACGUGAGACCAAAAAAAAAAUCUGGUUCCAGUCCCUCACUGCCUAAGCCUUCCAUGCAGGAAAAAAUAAAUAUAUACCCCCACUGCACUGUUAAUGUUCAGUGUGCAGUUGUAGACUGCUGAGGCUUAGCACUACAUAAGCAUGAAAGUAUUUGUCUAGCCCUAGAGAACAGCAAUCUUGUACAUUGGGAAACAUUCUGGUUUCAGUUGAUGCUUGAUGGAGAGGCUUGCAGGAAAAAAAGAUUAUGAAGAGGAACCUAAAGUUCUUGCACAUUCUGUUGUUUUACCUUCAGAACUGCAUUAUAAGAAAUUCAACAAAAAUAAGAAUAAUUUGUUAAUUGGAUACUUGCACUGUAAUAGUGAUUCUACUUGCAAAAGUCUUGUUAGAUCUUUUGUAUUUAGUAUAUGUUUUUAGAGCCGAUUCUCAGUUAUUUUUUUAUGUUUACUUCUUUUAGGGGCCCUCCAUGGUCCCCAUCUUAUAAAACAUCUUACCAACUGGAGGCUAGAUGUUUAAAGCGUAAAGAAGCGGGGAAUAAGACUGAAAAAAUGAAACAUUUUACUUAUGAAAAAAGUGAAUCAGAUUUGCACAGCAGAGAUUUCCAAAGCCCAUCUUUUGCCGAUGAAACUGUUGUCAGAUAUUUAAAUGACCGACCAGCAAUUGAUGCCUUACAAAAUUCUGAGGUUUUCUUCAAAUCUGUAUCAGAGGAGGAAAAGGCUGAGAAAUCUAGAGAUGAAUAUAGUAAAACUUCUCAGAGUACCACAACCCAGGAUGCUGACCUUAAAGAAUUGCAGCUGGCAGAACCCUCAGCUUCUUCUACCAAUACAUCCAGUGCACACAGAUUAGAUAUUUUAAAGCAGCAUCAGCGUGAGGCUAAACUGGAAAAACUGAAGGAACGGAUUAGGAAGCAAUUGGCGCGCCCAGAAGAGCUGAGCAGCAGAGGAAAUCAUCUGGGAUAUGAUGACCAUCCUAUACCUGCUGCAGCUGUAACUCCAAAAGUCAGAAAAGUUGCAGCUGCACCUCCUGCUCCUUCAUAUAAAGGUACAUAGCUUGUAAAUUGAAUCUGUGUGAGAAGAAAUAUAUUUAUUUGGUUUGCGAAACCAAGAAUGCGGUUUCUGUUGCAACUUUGGGAUAGGUGUACCCUACCUUAGAUAGGAACACAUUAAAGACAAAGGAUUGUUCAAAUUCUUAUUAUUUAUUACCUUCCAAACUUUACCUGCAUUUCCAUCCCUGAAGAUGUUUUUGUUCAGAUGCACUGUAUACGUUUAGAGUUUAAUUCACAAACAUUGGAUUGUGACUAACUGUAGGGAUUAAUUGCUUUUAUUUCGUUAGUUUCCUUGUCAUUGGUGCUAACUAUCACAGUUGCUGCCUGUCACGGUCGCACAAGAGAUUUUUCUGAUACAGCUUGUAGGAAACCACUGGCUGUACAUGCACAGCAGUCACACAGUACAGUCUUUGCAUUUUAGCAGUUCUGUAGGCAUCAGUCAGUCAUGUGUAUAAACUAUUCUGAAGUGUACUUGCCCCCUCAUUGCAACUUUUUUUUAAUUUUUGCAGGAAUGUAUCUUAUUUUUCUGUUACGUAAUAAUUCUGUACAAAAAUUUCUCGUUUAAUCUAUUUUAUGCAACAUGGAUUUGGAAUCUGAGUUUUUUUUAUUUCUACUAACAAAUGUAUUAGAUGUUUAAAACAGAUAAAUUAUGUCCGCAUUAUGCAUUGGUCACCUUUAUAUUAACCAAUUGUUUUAAGGCAAAGUCAGCUAAAUAUAGGUAUACUACUUUUGUUAGGAUUCAAUCCAUCAGAAGCCAAGAUCCGUACACCUGAUGGAAAGGUGUGGCGUGAAGAGGAAUUUAUUAAUCUCAGUAGAGAGUUAGGUCCUGACUUAGAACUGCAAUUAGCAGGUAAGUAGAAAACAUUAUUAUUAUUAUUAUUAUUAUUUACAUAGCUAUACCAUCCUUUAAAGGAUCACAGAAUGGUUUACAGUAUAAAAGCACAAAACAUCUUAUUAAUAGCCACAUGGAAAGCAAAGAACAACUACACAUCCUACAUAAUUAAUCUGUAAAUUAACGAAAACUUAUAGCCCUACUUCCCAGACUUCUUAGAUUAAAGAAAAAACAAAAAUGAAAGACUAUGAAGUUUAGCUUGAAAGCCUGAUGUUGUGUAUUUAAAUUCUGAUAGGCUAGAGACUAGCUAAGAAGGCAAGCUGCUACAGUUCUGAUACAUCUCUUUGUGUGUUCUUUUAGUUGUGGCAAUGAUUCUCUCACACUGUUUUUCAGAAGACAAUUUGACUGUGAAAGAGGCACCUGCUGGAAAAACCAAGGGGAAAAAAGCAACCAGACCAGUGCGCAAAAUCCAGAAAGUGGCACAACUUCCAAGUCCCGAUUCCAAACCAGGUCAAUUCAAGUUAGCUUUUAAAUACAAGCUUUGGCUUGCAGUCUUCAAACAUUGUUCAGUUUUUUCUUCUUUUGAUCUAGACACCGCCCUCCACCACUGGUGCUACCCCUCCUUUUUUGCAAUCUUUGCGGUGUCCUGAAGUUUAUAUUGCUAAUGAAGCACUGGAAAAUUACUCCGUAUGUCCUUCUUGGUUCUUUGUUUAGGUAGUACCAGUGUAAUAUGUACAUCAUCCUGGCGGGAGGGACUGAGACUUGCAAAGAAGAUACUGGGUCCAGCACCUAAAGUAGGGCAGCAGGACCAACAGCCAUUAUCCAUUGACAGAGCUGGCAAGGAUAAGCCCACUAAAUCUGGUAAGCUAAGCUUUGUGUAUCAGGUAUGGGGCAGAUAAUAGUAUGGCUGCAGAGCAGCAAUCAUGCUGUCAGUGGUUCCCUGACAUUUGUGGCCUUUCAAAUUUGGUGCCAAACACAAGCCCCGCUGGAAUUGGUUCCGCUCUUGAGCUCCGAAGUGCAGCUGACCCCUGCCGAAAGCAGGGUUCAAAUCACUGCUUACAACUGCUGGGAUUGGCUGCACUUGGGAGUGCAUGUUUGGGAAUGGGAUGCUGAGGUUUUGCAAAUACUGGCCACCCCUGAUUUGCACUGGGGUCGUGUUCUGGGUCAUCAAGCGCAACAAAGACCGCUCCCUAUCUGACUUGCUCUUGCUGUGCUGUAGAAAGGACAUUAUGCAUUUGAUGAAGAACUGUCAACUGGGAAAGGAAGCAAUAGUGCACAUUUGCAUUGUCUGCAUUAGGGGCAGGGAACUUCUGACUCUCCAGGUGUUGUUGAAUGACAGCUCCAUCAGUCUCAGGCAUCAUUGUCAAUGGUCAGGAUGAGUAUAGUCUAACAUAAGUGGAGGACCAUAGAUUCCCCAUCUCUGGUCUGAGGAGCUUUCCACCAUAUAUUUAGUUUUCUGAGAUCUCCUGAGGCUUUGGGUGACACCAGUUUAGCUCUUAACUCAACCAUUGCCUUGGAAAUUGGUUCUGGUUUGGCUAUCUUGAAGGAUCUUGUUUUCUCUCCUAGCUGACACCUUUGUUGUCACUGUCUAUUUACUUUUCCUCUUCUGCUAGAACUGUAGGAAAGUUGGGAAGGGCAGAUGGUAAUACCCCAGCAUCUUUGACAACUUGAACAUUAGACUAGUGACAGUUUGGUAACUUCCCCAUCCAGGAUCGGAUGAGAUAGCUUGUGUGCAACAAGUCAUGUGUGACUGUGAUUGAAACAGAACAAUAGAAUUGGGACUCAGCUGGUUUCAAGUUGUUUAUUUCAUUUUCAAUAAGUGAAAUGGCCUGUGGCCAUGAGCCACUAGAAUUAAAUAGCCUUGUUUACCUCCUACCCAAGGGACUAUCAAAGAGAUAAAAAUAACUACUCUCUUACAUGAGAUAUUGGGGCUUAAAUGAUAUUGCAUUGCUCCAAUCCAAUCAGUUUAAUUUUCACCUUCCUUGGCUGUGAUGAGCUCCUCAGUAUUAUUGAGUUGCUGUUGUAUACCGUCUCAGCCAUUAAUCCCUUCUUGGCAUUCCACUGUCAGUCUUUUCCCACAAGAACUGUUGAGAUUUCUGACUGCUGAUCCAGCUUCUAUACACUUUAUCAGAAGUCUUCAGAUUUGCCUUAAAAAAAUUGCCACAGCUGUAGUUUUUUAUAAUAGAAAUGCCCUUCAAUGCUUGAUUCAGCCAAUUUUACUCUAGAAAUGCUGGAAAUCUAUGUGGAAGUUGUUUUAAGCAGCAUAUGCAUGGUGGUCCAUGGGGUGCUGGUGCAUAAGAGGGACUUUUCUGUGGUGGACCCCAGAUUGUGGAAUGCCUUCUCCUUUGAAUGGUUUCUAGCCUUAUCACUAUAUACAUUUCAACAUUGGGUCAAGAUGCAUCUUUUUGCACUGCGGGUGGAAGAUGUUACAUGGUUUAAUUGUAUUGAGCUGCAUAUUAGCUGCCCUAGGACCAAAUUUUGGCAGGUUCACUAUGCCUAUUAAAUAAGUAAACUAAUAUUGGAAACACUUAUAAUCUUGGCCCCGGUGCUUGGUGACAGAUUAAAUUAACCUAAGUGGGGUUUUUUCACUGCAGAAGUUGCUCUAAUUCUUUACCAGUGAAUAAACUGAUAUCCUUAUCAGAACUAUGAUCCAACAUGUUUACCCAAAGGAUCUUGAGAUGCUGUGCAUAGAUACAGGGCCAAGCUUCCAGAUUAGAAUUAAUUCGUAGAAGCUACUACUACUUGGUGUGUGUGUGUGUGUGUGUUUGCUUGUAUGUAUGUUUUCUAUAAGGAACCAUGUUCACACAGUGUCCCAUCAGUAUGUCCAUUUCUAGUGAAAAUCUGAGAAGAACAUCAAAGACAGUAGCCCACUUGGCAAAAUAUGCAUUGCAUUCUGGCUUCAGUACAGGAUGAAAUUUGACAGUGUCCAUUCACAAGUGGAACAUUUGACCCUGGUGAGUCGUUCCCCUUUUCUGCUGCAGAACUUUCCAAAACUGCUCCAGAAGGUUUGGGCACUACAGAGCAGACAGGGAGGUGCAGGAUGAAAGAGAGGAAGGAGUAAUUCUGCUUGCACAAGCUGAAGUCCAGUGUCAACCAAUGCAGCCUAUUUCUGUUUUUGAUGUGUUCAGGUUUUUGCAGCUCCUUUCUUGUAGCACUUGCUAGAAUGUCUCAUGGUCUGUUGCCUUUCUAAAGUGCUUAAGUGGACAGGCUUUUAACCCUUAACAAAAAGCUGCCACAUGAGAGGUCAAAUAAAUAGAUCCACCUUGCCUUACAAGUGGAGAGUGUCUUAACACGACUUUUGUCCCCCUAUCCCCACCCCAGUUUUCCACAGUGAAAAGACAGACACUAAUUUCAAGUUGGAUGUGACCAUAGAAACCCGUUCAAGAAAUUCUGAAAGAUCACAAAGUAAAGUAAGAGUGGAGAAUAACACGAAGAAAAAAGAAUCGACUCUUCCCGAUUCAAAACGGAGAGAAGACCAUGUAAACAAGGACUUCUUGCCCGUGGAGAUCCGUGGAAUGCUUGAUGACCUGCAGCUGGACUCUGUAUCUCAGGGUGCAGAACAAAUGAGGGAUGAAGGAAGACAGGAUCAAAAAUCACCACCUUUUGCAUUUAUUAGGAGCCAUAGUCCAACCAAAAGAAAGCCAGAGAAGCUUUUUGCCAAUGAAGAGCCUCAAGUCAGUUCUAAGAAACGCUAUUAUGAUACAGAUGAAGUUCGCCAGUAUAUUGCUAGACAAAAAGAGGAAAGGAAAAAGAGGCAAAAUGAAGAGAAGAAAGCGCAGAAAGUGGCAACAGAACAAAAGAACAAAAGACUUCAAGAACUUUACAAGAAACAGAAAGAAGCUUUUGCGAAUAAGACCAAGGAAACAUUGGCUCCUGAAUUAGCCACCAAACAACUACAAGAAACAUACUCAAAACUGUUUCUGGAGCAAACCUUACUGGAGGAACCCCUGGUCCCUGGACAGGAGGUACAGGGAUAGCUAUUUUGCAAGAUUUGCUUGGGUUUUUCCUUGCAGUUUGAAAGUUUGUAUUAAUGUCAUUUUUUUAAAGAAAAGAUUUGUAAAGUAUUAGCAGCAGUAAAAGAUAGGCAUUAGGUUUGCACAUGCCGAAUAAUGCUCAAACUGAGGUUUUGAUUGCGCCUGCAGUGUGGAGCUCUGGUAGGAGCAAGAAACAUGCCCAGAGUUAAAAAUGGCUGCAGCUAUAGCUCACAGCAUUUGUCAUGGCAUAGAGUAAGAAUCCAGACGUUGGGCAGCAUGUUGAUCAAUUUAACUACCCAGCUCGUAUUCUGAAGAAGCAUCGAUGAGGGGAAGGCAGGAAGCUCAGGCGCACCAAGGGGCAAAUUAUGUAAUGUGUGUGUGGCAGCUCCUGUGAAGGGUGUAGACCUUUAAAUGUCACCUCGCCAUCCAGUUGUGCCUGAUUUAGCACAAUUUCCCUUCUUCCCACACCAGCCCCCCGUCCUGCUGUAUCCCACUUUGUUCAGGAGGGUCUCCUGACUGCCCAGGAAGGCUUUUUGGAAAGGAGUGUUUUGGUGUCCCCUUGUGAGACCUUCCUUUUUCUUUUCUUUUUUCUUUUUUGCCGUAGUUAGGAUUAAAGCCAUCAUAUAUUCUAAUAAAGGGAUGCAGGUGGCGCUGUGGGUUAAACCACAGAGCCUAGGACUUGCCGAUCAGAAGGUCGGCAAUUCGAACCCCUGUGAUGGAGUGAGCUCCCGUUGCUCGGUCCCUGCUCCUGCCAACCUAGCAGUUCGAAAGCACGUCAAAGUGCAAGUAGAUCAAUAGGUACCGCUCUGGCGGGAAGGUAAACGGCGUUUCCGUGCGCUGCUCUGGUUCGCCAGAAGCGGCUUAGUCAUGCUGGCCACAUGACCUGGAAGCUGUACGCCGGCUCCCUCGGCCAGUAAAGCGAGAUGAGCGCCGCAACCCCAGAGUCGGCCACGACUGGACCUAAUGGUCAGGGGUCCCUUUGCCUUUAUAUUCUAAUAGUGAUCUUGAAUCACUGAUUGCCAGUCACAUGUAGCCAAAAUUACAACAUCCACACCCCACCAAGGGAUUUAUUGGCAGCCUCAGGAGAACCCCAUCGUUUGCAGAAGUAGAAAAAAUACUGACUUAAAUAUAAGGUGUUCUUGCCAAAGAACCAGCUAAUAUGGCUAAUAUGUUGUUACUUUUGUCUAGUGCAGAAAACAAAUGUCAGCUGUUUGCUUGGUCACUUGGGACUUCUCACAUGUUUUAACUUUUUUUAAUCUUGAUUAAUUCUAACAGAAUUUCAUGUUUCAAAAAUAUCUCCGUUUUUCUUCCCAGGCCAAACCUGGAUAUCAACCGUCUGGAGAAUCUGAUAAAGAAAACAAAGUGCAGGAGCGCCCGCCCAGUGCAUCUUCCAGUAGCGAUAUGUCUCUCUCUGAAGCUGCUCCUACUCCUCUUAUUAGGUAAGAAAGCAGGACUAUCUUUAAGGCAACUUGUAAGUAUUUGAACAGAACAUGAAACGCCAUUUUUUGUAAAAAGUCACUGUUGCGACCUUAGAAACUUGGUACAGUAUAGUAGAAAAUGGUCUUAAGAUGACUUAGCAAUACGCCCUGUGUAAGCAGCAGCAAGAUUGGAGGACUUUUCCUGCAAACAUAAGUGACAUUUUAAAAUCCAGCACUUUAGAUUUUGUAAGAUUCCGCAUUAUAAGAAUGGCAUGUCCCUGCAUGAAAUACAAGCUGAAAAAGCAAUCAUCUUCUUUAUGCAUAGUUAGUGCUCUGUGUGUGAUUGGAUUCAAUGACACUGCAUAAAAAAUACAUAAAUAUUUUGGGAUAAAGAACUUUCCUUAAUACAAAAUGCGCUUAUUGUUACAACGGUAUUCUUGAAAGCUUAUGGGCAAUGCCUACUGAAACUUCAGAAGCCCAAGUGGUGACUGGGCAGAUUUCCAGUGACUGGAGUUCCGGUUAGUAUCUUUUUCCUCCUCUGUGACUAGAAAAUCAAGAGAAAUUAUUUUGAAAAACAAGUUGAGCAUGAUUGAGUUAUGGAAAUUUGCUGAGUUGAAAGGUGUUGUACAUUUCAGUUCACUUGCUUUUAAAAAAACAUAUAUUUCAAAUAUAUUUUUUCAGUUUUUAAGUAUGACAACGUUAUACACACAUACCUAAUCCAAAUGGCAUUGUUUGACUUACACCCACCCACUUACACCCACCCCUGGUUUCCAAUUUUUCCCCUUUUCUUCUCCUUGCAUAUAAUUAUAUUUCUCCAAUUACUUUCAGCUUCUUUUUCCAGUCCUAAUUCUAUUGUUACUUCAUAAAUGUUACAUCAGUCCUGCUAAUGUUUUAACGCAUUUACAGUGUUCUUUAAAGUAAUCUAUAAUUUUUUUCCAUUCUUGGUUAAUUUUUUUCUCAUCUUGGUGCCUGAUCUUCAUGGUCAAUUUUGCCAUUUUGGCAUAGUCCGUCAUCUUAGUUAUCCAUUCUUCCUUCGUUGGGACGUUUUCUUUCUUCCACUUCUGGGCAAGUAGCAUUCUGGCCGCUGUAGUAGCAUACAUAAGUAGUCUCUUUCAAUUCUCUGGCACUUCUUCUCCUGUAAAAAAGCCUCUGGUUUUUUAGAAAAUGUUAAUAGAUUUCAGUCCUCUUGGUGCAGGAUCUGGGAAGCUUGAAGGCUAGGUUCCUUACAGUUCAGCAGCUUGUAUUCCAUUUGCAACAAAAAUUUAAUCAGUUUGUAAUUAUUAUCUGAAUAACCUGUACUUUUAAUAUAGCAGAUAUAAAUUUAUGAUGAACCAUUUUAUGCACAAUGCUUUUUAUGUUCCUAAAGUAACAAAGUGGCUUUCGGUAUAUAAAGACAAGUAAUGCAUUUGUUCAGCUUUCCCCCAAAAAACAUCUCUUUCCAAAUCUCACGCCCUGGAAAAAACACGUCCCCGACCCCACAGCUUCAAAUUUUACACCUUUACACUGCUCCCACAUUGUGUAUGGGGGGAUCGGGGAAAAUUUAAUCUGGGCUAAGAAAUCUAGUUUUAAAAAUGAUUUCCAAUACGUUAACAUAUGUGCACAUUUAAUAGUCAAACAUUGUUCAGUCUUCAUUAUUCCAAGUUUAUGAGAAUUCAACUUUUUUGUUUAUAGGAAUAACCCUUUAUGGAUUCAGCCAGAUAGGCUGACUUCAGAAGCCCAGCUUUCUUCCCAACAACCUUCAAUGGUCUUGACUGGAGGAUUUGUCUCCCAGCUUUUGGCUCUAGAUCACACCCAUGUCUUGCAAAAUGACUUUGACUCUGUAUUAUCAAGCAGAAGGAGUUACAGUGCAGCUGUGGGAUCCAUGCCUUUGGCAUCUCAGCCAUUUAUGGCAUCUGCUGUACAGCCUACCAUUAAUCAGUAUAAAAGUAAACUGAACCGCAUUGAAGCCCUGAAGGCAACAGCAGCCUCUUUGUCGAGCCGAAUUGAAAGCGAAGCCAAGAAGUUAGCCGGGGCCAGCAUUAACUAUGGUGAGGUGUGGAAUUCUGAGUGUGACUUGUUGCAAGGAGAUCAGGGCGAUGGCCGUUGGGCAAAGGCCAGCAGCCCCCCUGUGGAAGAAAGUGAUGUCUUUUCAGCCAGGCUCCAGAAGAUGUUGGGUGCUUGCACCCCACAUGCAAGUUUUGAUGAUGACCUUCCUGGUGUUGGAAACCUUGGUGAGUUUAAAAGGCUCCCAGAGACCCUCGGCCCUCGGGCUGCAGCUAUCAGCCUUCCAGGUAACUACAGAGCUGAAGGAAUGCUAGGAGAUCUAUCCAAAAAACAAGCAUGCUCCCCAGGUGCUGAAAGUAAAGUUGUAGCUCCACGUGAUGGUAGCAUAGAGUCAAUAAGUGAGGGGCCAAUCAGUGAUGGUCUUGCAUCUGAGGAGGAAGGAGAAAGGCAUGAGCAUCCAACUUUGAAGACUGUGGAAGUGUUAAAGGAAAAAGAAUUCUGUGCUGCAGAUAUAGCUGGCUGUGAGCCCAUAAAAGAAGUUCAGAAGGAGGCAGAGAAGUGUUUACUCAUUUUUAGACAUAUAAGGAGUACUUGGGAAGAACUGAUAAGGGGGAGUCCCCAUAGUGCCAUCAACGUCUUUACAAAACAUUACCAGCAGUGUGGGAAAGGUAAGGCAAUGAGAGACUUAUUGCUGCCUCUGGUGUUUCGUUGGUGUAAUUGUCAAAAUGACUGCACUUCCAUGAUAGUUGAAAUCCUGAGCUCUUUAAGUUAUGGUAUAAACCUGUAGCUUGGAUUUUGUGUUGUUGUUUUUUUGCUGAUACCAGUAUAUGCUGAUAAGCAAGAAGUUUCCAGUCCUUUUUGAAAAUUUUGGCAACUACUUCUUUACUAUGAAAUCACUUAACUGUCUUCAGAUUAUAAUUGAAAGUUGUUGCAUAUAAAGGAAAUUUUCCAGAGCUGCUCUUAAUGGGCUUUGGAUCUCUGUCAGCAAGAUUAUUUGGCAUGCUUCUGAAAUACAGAUUACUUUCUUUUUGCUUUUGCACCUCUUGCAGGAAUUGAGCAGUGGUCAGAGCAAGCACCACCAACUCGGGAACCUUUCCUUCCAGUCAUGAGUCCCCCAGCUAGCAUUGUUUCAUAUGAAGAUGAUUUCAUUUCCUCACAGGAAAGUGUAACCAUUGCAGAUAAAAGAGCUACUCUUGAGCCCAGGUACUUAAUGAGUUCACAAAUGGCAGCGAAAAUCAAUGAAGAACCAUGUUCAUUAAAUAAAGAACUAUUACAGAGUUGUUUUUCAUCCCUGAAUGGGAAGGGAACGCUUCCUUGUUAUAGAGUAUGGCAAAUCUGAGUUUUGGCACAGAGCAGAGUAAAUGAAUACUUCGUCUAUUUAAAACAGCUUUCAAGUCACAACCUGGUACUUUUUUAUGGCACAAAUGACACUCAGCUCAACUGUUUUUGAAAAUCCUGAAUUAUCAACCUGAAAAUUAUUUAAGUAAAUUCCCUUUGCUGGUGUUUCGAAUCAGGAUUGACAUCUAUUUAAUCUAUUUAAGAGACCUAGAGAAAGUAACUAUUUAACUUAAUUUAUUAAUUCAGUUGAUUUUUCAAUAUAGAUAUUUCAAUAUCCUUAAGGGUGUUGGAGAAUAGGAACUCAGUGUUGAACACAAACAUUAUGGCAUUGUUAAAAGGAAAGGUGUCUGUAAUAGUUUACAUGCAGGUCCCACUAUCCAUCCACUGGAUACCCACCAGUUCACUUAUCCAAACAUAAAGAAUUACACAUUCUGCAGAGUCAGAUAUCUGAACAGCUGGAGCUUGCCCACUUUGUGCUUUGCUUGUCAGCGGCAUUCAUUCUGGGGCUGAAACCAUGGAGAGAGGAAGAGGGAGAUAGAGCAGACCAAUCAAGAGGGCAGGACAAAUCAGUUUUUUUGUCUCUCUUUUGCUGGCUGGCUACAGCCAUUUUAGGCAGAAACAAUGUUGGGAGGAGGAAUGCAUUGUGGGCAGAUGGCUAGUCCUGCGUGUAAUUCCUGAUUGCGACAACAUCUACUUUAAAAAAAAAAAAUGCUUUUAAGAUUCAGCCCAAAUAGCUAAACCAUAAUUCAACUAAAGCUUGCAGCUCUAGCCCAUGUGCCUAUCUUAAGCUAUAUGCAAAGUUGUCUAAAAUUCAGCUGCUUUUAAAAAGGUAAAUAGAAGUCCUGCUCUUGUGCCUUGUAAGGCUUUAUUAAAUGAUUUAAAAUGCUCAUUACACAAGUAGUACAAAUGUAACUGAGAAAGCCAAGCAAUAUUUUACUUCCGUGUCUAUAUUGACAGUGGCAGCAGCCCCAGCCUCAAAGAAGAGUUUGCCACCAGAAAGUCAUUGUAUGAGCAGCCAGCUGUAGACUUUACCCACCAUUCCUCAGGAACACUUUCUGCAGGUUCUUCCAACUCGUCUGCAUCGUCUAAAAAAAGAGUGAAAAAGGAAAGUAAGUGCCAUUUACUACGCUCCCAAAUCUGGGUUGAAACCUUUGGCAAAGUUUUAAAAUCUGAAAAUGUCAAGUGUACUCGUCAAGUGGGGGAAAGUGUAUAUUUAUUUUAUAUUUAAAUCGCUUUUUGCCAAAAUAUGUGUUACAGAGUCAGAAUCUUUCAGCACAGUUUCAAGUGCCUCUCUGAGGGAGGAAAACAAAAUGUUGCCAGGGUCAGAGUAUGGAUCGCAACAGGUGAAGAAUGCAUCACCUAAUAAUGGAAUAUCUCAUAGAGAAGAGAAGAGCCCAGAUUCUGACAGCACUUUAGAAGAACUUUCUGAUCACUCCUUGAUGAGGUAAAGUGAACCACUUCAUUUAGUAAUCAUAAUCAUAUAUUGGCUUAAUAAACUGAGUGAUGUCAAUGAGUCUUUCCCCCAUGCAUUCAGACUUUUUGCUUGUGCAGUGAAGCAAAGAGACAUAUUUAACAGCUUUGGAACAAACCAGGUUUUUAAACCACAGUUUGAAAUUGAUCUAAUAACCUAAUCUGUUCUGAAGCUGGUAACCGUCUUGGUUUAGAUGAAAUAGGAAAUUAUGAUUGAUUAGAGAUUGCCUCAUUUGAUCAUAUCACAAAGGGAAGAGCGAAGGUGGAUGCUUGUGUGGGCAAAACAGUAAUUUAAUAUCUCUGUUUUAAAACCGAGGUAUGAUAAUCUGAACUAUACCAAUGUUUUUGAAGUAACAUAUAAGCUCUUCAAAUAGUUGGAAGACUGUAUUUUGUGUCUGUAAAUCUCAACUAUUGCUAUAGCUUUUUUUCCUGGGAUACUCAACGUAGGCAGGACUGGCACCUUUUUCCCAAGAAGAAAGGUUAAAAGUGUGGCACAUACUGAUGAGUAUCGGGACAGUUUUUUCUAGAAGAAAAGCACUGGCUAUUACUCUUUUCUUUGUGUACUGAUGGAAAUAUAUGAUACUUUUCAAACUGGUUUUGCUGUGUGACUACUGUUUCUUGAAAGAAUAAAGACUUGCUUCAAUUUUUGUUUAACUUUUCUGUCAGUCUCCCAGAUAAGAUAAAGUCUCCAAGGACUCCAGGCUCUCCUCAUUCUCCAAGCUUACAGAAACCAUUGGAUCCUGCAGUAAAUACAGCAGAAAAAAUUAGCCCCCUUUCAGACUCUCCAGGGACUAUAACUUCUGGACCCAAGGCAAGCCAUGCCUUCUCUGAUAUGAACUUUGGAACCAACAGGGCUGGAGCAGGUAACAUGAAUGGUGAGCUGGCCAAAAAUAGAUGGCUCAUGAUGAUGCUUACUUUUCCUAUGUUUCUAAAAAGUGUGAUUUACACGAAGACGUAGGUGUUUAGUAUUUCAUAUUUACCUUACAGGUACCAUGCGCUUCUCACCUGCUGGUCUCCAACAUCGUAUGUCAGCAGAACUUAAUUAUUUAAGUGCACUUGAGGAGUCUGUUCGCCAGAUCUCUGAUGUUGAACGAGUCCGAGGUAUAUCACUUGCCCAGCAGGAAAGUGUUUCACUGGCUCAGAUUCUAAAGGUAACCGUAGGCAUUCUUAUCUCUGCCUUAUUUGCUGUAUGCACUCCUCUGAAGUAUCUCAGUCAAAGAUAAGAGUGGUUGCGAUCAGAUGAAUAUUGUUAUAUUUCCAUUAAAGCUACAAAACUAGUAGGCUCUUGUUUGAAAAAGGAGGAACAUAAUCUGUGGUUCCUGAAAAUGAUAACCACAUUUGUCACAAGUAGCUAUGUGCAAUUUCAAUUUUUCAUACCACAAGUUUUAUUUAUUGCAGUAUUAUUGUAUAGGGUGGAAGUUGUGAACUUUGUAAAAUAGGCAAUGAAAGUCAUGAGAUACACUAAAAGAUGCAGAAGUAUAAGUGCUAAUCAUUAAUGAAAUAUUUAGGAUUCAGUGACAGGAGCAUUAAUAUCCUUAUGGAAAUAUAUUUUAAGUGUAAGGUACCUUGAAUUACAUUGUAUGCAAAAAGGCAGGAUAUAAGUUAAUAAACUAAAACUAAACUAAACUUAAUCCGUAGGCACAGCAGCAACGACAUGAGCACGACUUGGCUCUUCUGAAGCUCAAGGCAGAGCAAGAAGCUCUGGAAAGUCAGAGGCAGCUAGAAGAGGCGAUGAAGAAAGCAGCUCAGGUAAUGAGGUCUUUCAAACAGUAUGUAAAACUUAAAAGUAGAAUUCUUUUCCUGUGGAGAAAUUGGUGCGAAUGGAUGCUAAUCCAAAUCUCACAAAUAGUAGGCAACAAGAAAUCGGGUCAUCUCAAUGUACUUCAGAAAAAGAUCUUGUUCUAGAGGUGCAAGAUUUUAGAAGUUGCAACAUUAGUGGGCCAGGGGGCACUAUGGGCUUCAGUCACAAAAUAGCUACCAUGUGGGCCAUGACAUAUCACAAAAUGGCUGCCAUGUGUUAAUUUGGAGAUCCAGUCAAGGCCAGCUCACACCUUGCCAAAUACUGACACUUCCUAAGCCAGGGAAAUGACAGGAAGUGAGGUCUUUGGACCUAGCAGAUCACACAGACAGAAUGUCUCAUUAAAAAAAAAUACUGUACUGAAUAAAACAUAUUGUAUUCAGAACUCAAAAGCAUCAGUUCAUCUUGAUCAGUUCAUACCCAGCACCUCCACUUCUGCCUGACACUCUCCCUACGCUCAACAAAAUUUAAACUGUAUUGUUGCAAAGUGUGUCUCAAUGAGGACCGUGCCCUAAUAGCAAAGGUGCUGGGCAUGUCAUAAUAAUUUAUAAUUUAUACCCCACCCAUCUGGCUGGGUUUCCCCAGCCAUUCUGGAUGGCUCACAAUAGAAUAUUAAAAACAUGAUAAGACAUCAAACAUUAAAAACUUCCCUGAACAGGGUUGCCUUCAGAUGUCUUCUAAAAGUCAUAUAGUUGUUUAUUUUCUUGACAUCGGAUGGGAGGGCGUUCCACAGGGCAGGUGCCACUACCGAGAAGGCCCUGCCUGGUUCCCUAUAACCUCACGUAUUGCAAUGAGGGAACUGCCAGAAGGCCUUCGGAGCUGGACCUCAGUGUCCGGGCUGAACGAUGGGGGUGGAGACACCUUCAGGUAUACUGGUAUAUCAGCUUUGUCUGGCCAAGGCAAGUCUACAUUUUCUAUGAAAGCAAAUAGUCCAGGUUCCAGAUGCUGUAUUACGGUGUGUCAAUCACAUUUUCAUCAUUUUUAUAUCUCCAUUUCAAUGGAGCUGAUUUUAGUAUGAUUCUGGUGGAUACAACCCCACAUAACCUCUGCUCUAACAAGCUCACAUUUGCCACAACGUACAUCUUGUUGGAAGAAAAGAAUGAAAAGCCAAAAUAGUUUAUCUAUGCCACUUUUGUGUGCACAAGUUUAAAUAAAAUUGUUUAUUUCUUUUAUGUCCUAAUCAUUUACCAUGAGUUUCAAGCAUUUAUUAUUGUCUGAACAGAUUUUUUUCUGCCUCAGAAUUUUCUGCUUUGACAGUCACAGAAAUGUUAGAGCCAAGUAUCUCAUCCAGUUUUUGCUUCUGUGCGUAAAGAGGAAUUAAAACCAACAAAAAUACGUUUGGCAUACUAAAAUUCCAGUUUGGCCCCUUUGGCACCUGAACUAAAGUAGAACUUUUUUUUUUAAUACAUAGGGCCAUGCAGAAUCUAUGCAGCAGCUCGUACAGUCACAACAGGAGAAAGCAGAUGCUUUACAGGAGACCACUUGCAAAAUUGCAGCUCAGCAGGCGGAGACUGCUCUGCUCACCACAGAAGCUGCUAGCCAGAUACGUGAGGUUAGAUUCUGCUCUGAAAUCCUUGGCAGACUUGGCCUUGUGCAGAAUGGUUGCUAAAGCUAGCUUGCUGAUUGUAACGAAGAGCUCUUCAGCAGAUUACUUUGGGAAAGGAAAGCACGCUGCCUAUUUGAAGGAUGGGAGAGAGAGGAUGUGUGUGUGUGUUCUUAAUUUCUCAAAUAUUAACUUACGAAAAGUACAUCUGACUGUGCUUCUUUAUUCAGAUGACAGAGCUUGCAAGAGUCCAGAUCUCUGAUGCCGUUGGUGCUCCUGCAACCCCAAUUACCACACUGUUUGACCAAGAGCGGAAGCAACAUUCAGUAUUCAUAAAGAAGCUAAAAUCUCAUAAUACAAGCAGGUAUUUUAGAUGACAUUUUAGUUCUUAGAAUAGAUUGUGAGCGGUGUUUCAACAGAGGCAUGAAAGCAGACUCCAGGCAGACACCCUCCACCACUGAUAUGCAUAGGUGAGGGAGGGGAAUAUGAUGUCCGCAUGAGUACCAGGCAACUCCCCAAGGCUGCUCUUUACUUUCUUUUCCCUGUCUCAUCAAUAAAGAGUAGUCCCCCCUCUUCCUUUCAGCCCUUGUGACCUUUUAUUGUUUGAUUUUCUACACUAGCAGCCAAUACUGUAACAAGGCAGGUCAUUUGGCUCCAGCAUUAGAGUGUAGAAGGGAAUUCUUAAGGAAAGGGACUACAGUCAAACCUUGGUUCCUGAACGGCUUAGUUGCCGAAUGUUUCAACUCCCUAACAUCGAAAACCCUGAAACGAUUUUCGGAGGUUGACUGUCUGUCGCAGCAGACAAGCGGCUUCCGACCGGCUCUUCCAUUUGCAACAGCCAAUCAGAAGCUGCACCUUGGAAGUCGAACGUUUUGGAAGUCGGACAUCCUUCUGGAACGGAUUACGUUCAACUUCCGAGGUUUGACUGUAUGUGCAUUUGUACUUGUUGGGUUUACUUGAUAGUCCCUUGAUUGACUUAUUGUAGGCAUCAGGGAAGACUUUGUGCAUAGGGCUAUCACACCAGUUUGCACGUCCUGUCCAUUUCUUCCCAUUGGGGAAUGGAAGAAUGGAAAGUUCCUGCCUUCUAUAUUGAAAUCCAUGAUCAGAGGCCAAAGCCUCUGAUGUUGGCUGCUCCACACACCUUUUAUUUCCCCUCAAACUCCUGGAGUUAGAAGACUGAGACUUCUACUUUCUGCCUGCCAAAUCAGAGGCCUGUUUCACAUGCCACUUGACAGGAGAGUCUUCCUUCCCUGUCAGGUGACUCAUCCUGAGUGGGAAGAAGUCCCUGCCAAUUUAUAUUGGGUGCUGCAGUGACAAGUGUCAGGAAGUGUCGCCUGCUCUCCAUUUGUUCUGUACACAAGAGAAACUAGGCCUAGUUUGGAAACACACAAAGCUCUUUUUAUGCAGAGCUAAAUACAUUUUCUGUCUCAUUUGUCAUUACUGAUACUUAAUUGGAUGUUUCUCAUUUAUUUCACUACUAUUUUGUCUUGUAAGGCUUUUUUCAGCUACUUAUGACAAUCAGCUUGAACUUUCUUUUUUAUUUUCAGGAUAACUCAAACUUGCUUAUUUUCUUUAAUAGGAAAGCAGAAUCUACACCUUCACAAAGUAAAGAGGAGCUAGAUGACUCAAAAAUCCUUUAUUCCUCAUUUGAAAGUUAUUCAGAAUCGUCGAGAUCAAAGGCACAUGAUCAGAGGUAAGAAGCAGAACUUAUACAGUUACUGUCAGUUAGAAUGGUAGUUAGCAGAGGAAUACUUUGAGCAGUACUUGAUGCCUAGUGUUUCUUCUUCUAGUCCAGACCUGCAGAUCUUUUGAGCCCCCAAACUCACAUGGGAUCAAUAAAAUAGGGUAGAACAUAGUAUAUAGCUAGCUGUUGGAUCACAAGUCAUGCAGGCCUAUCCAAGGACCAUUGCGUUAGCCGAGUUGCUAUAUUUUGGAGUGGCGUUUAAUGCUAAUCUGAUACCCCAUGACAUGAAUAUGAACUGAAUUCUUCUUCAUGGUUUCUGUGCAGUCACAUAAUAUGGUUUUUGCACUUAUGCAGAGCCUCGUUCAGAAACAAUCUAAAACUAAACUAGAGUUGUUGUUUUUUAUUGUGCCAGCAGCACACUGUUGGUAUUAUUAUUAUUAUUAUUAUUAUGAUGCAUUCUGAGGCCUGUUUUACAACCCUAAUUCAAGAUUCACUUCUGUGCUUUUAUUAUACCUUUUCAUAAAACAGCAGCAGCAGCAGUUGCCAGGGAAGUCCAUCUGUCUCACCUUCCAAGGGGACCAAGAAACUUUCCCGUCGUGAAAAGUCAGGCAGCUCCAUUGAAGAGCAGGUUCCUAUGGCUUUGAAUGAUUCUUUAAUGAAUAAUAGUAUUCCAUCCAUUGCAGAUGAGAGAGGUGGGUCCUUGGACGAGUACUUAAACUACUUCAGUGUUUACUCCUAGUUCUGUUCCCAUCUACUUGAUGCUUGUGCUAUUUCCCUUGCUCUAUUGAUUGUUCUGCUGGUGGAGUCACAUAGAAGAAAUAUAAAAUGGUGAAAUAUUUACCAGGCUGUUGCAUGCAGCACUCUUUCCCCAUCACAGGCAAUCCACAAUUACUUUUAUAUGUCAUUUUCUGGUUAGCCAGCCCCUUGAGCUGCUGGGGAAUCUGCAGUCUGAUAAUGACACCAUGAUAGCCACAUUGAAUCCUGGCUAGCUGUUGCUUCCAGCCUCCAUUGUUCUGGGAGCCACUGACUGAGUGUUCCUCCUUCCUUUGUUCUGGGAAUCACUGAGGUUGGUUUUUUUUUUAAGUCACGAGUCUUUACAUCAGUGUGUGUACUUGUUUACAAGUGAGUGUUAUGCAAGAUGCAAUUUCCUGAGCUUGAUUUCUAUUACACAAAUAUAUCUUAAGUGAUGGAACGUCAGAUGGGGCUUGGUUAUUAUUGGCUGACAGCAUGUUUUAUGGAGCAAAAAAUCUGUUGCAAUUUGAAGUUCUUUUGUGGGAGGAUAAAGCCAGCUUCCUAGUUCCAAGAAACAUGGGCCUCCAGGAAGCAUAUUUAGCUCCUAUGCUGACAUUGCUACUUAUUGAUAUCCUUUUAGUCUUUGACCCCAUACUUUUUGACAUUUGUUGUAAGCGGGGAAAGUGCUGCAGAUUGGAGAUAAUAUCUACUCCAUCAUCCCAACUCUUGAGUGUCCUGAAUACCAUUGAAAGGGCAUGUUGCCGAUCAGAAGGUUGGUGUUUCGAAUCCCCGCGACGGGGUGAGCUCCCGUUGCUCAGUUCCAGCUCCUGCGAACCUAGCAGUUUGAAAGCACUUCAAAGUGCAAGUAGAUAAAUAGGUACCGCUCCGGCGGGAAGGUAAACGGCGUUUCCAUGCGCUGCUGUGGUUCGCCAGAAGCGGCUUAGUCAUGCCGGCUGCAUGACCUGGAAACUCUCUGCGGACAAACGCCAGCUCCCUCGGCCAGUAAAACUAGAUGAGCACCGCAACCCCAGAGUCGUUCGCGACUGGACUUAACCCUCAGGGGUCCCUUUACCUUUACCUAUGUGCAAUAUAUAGACCCGUUCUGUGAUAUGGACAGGUGUUUUGCUAGUUUAUUUAUUUAUUUAUACAUACAUACAUACCCUGCCCAUCUGAUGGGGUAUAAUUCAGUCAUCGACGAUACUGAUCAUUCAGUCAGUAUUCAUUUACUUGUAUUGCUCACUUCGUUAAGCCAUACGUUCCACCUACUACAUGAAACUACUUCAUACAUUACUCAUUCGGUAAUGCAAACUUUCCUUUAAUUAAAUAUUUUUGGGGGGUUUUCUUCAGACUCAGCCUCUGUAGCAACAGAAUAUUCUCUUAAAUUUGAUGAGUCCAUGACGGAGGAUGAGAUUGAAGAAAAGUCAUUCCGGUCCUUGCUACCUUCUGAAAGUCACCGUCGGAUCAAUUUGAAGAAACGAGUUCACCAGGAUUAUUCUGAUGAGGAGGCUUUCCCUGGAAAGACUAGCGUGUCACCUGUUAAAGUAAGUUUUCAAUACUCUGCAGCCACAUGUUUGUUGCGGCUCCUCUAGUUGCUUUCAGAACCUUUCAGUAAAUUUUAGUGGGGAUGUCCUGUACAUAAAUGAACACCAUAACUGUAUAGUAUCUGCAGACUUUAAAAAACUGUGGGCACGUUAUAUCGUAUGAAAUUCUGCAGGGUACAGGAACCUCCUUUUGUGAGCAAAAAGGGGUCGAGGGAAACAAACUGCAUAAUACAGUUGUAAGUGCAUGUGCAUUUUCAAAGCACUUGCAUACUUAUUCAUGGCCUGAACUUAGUUUUUUAAACCAGCUAUUCAUUCCAUACUUGUUUGGAAGGAUGCUUGAUCAAGGAGGUGGCAUCCUCUUUAGUAAUGCUUCUUAUCUUAGCAAAAGUAUUUAUCCUGUUAUACAAACAUUUACAUUUGUAUGUUUACAAAUGUAUGUUUUAAAUUUGUUUUCUUGUAAUUAGGAGCUAAGCCUGCCAUUCUCGGGAGGGCAAGAUAGCUUUUCUAAAUUUACCAUGGAAAUGGUGCGGCAGUACAUGAAGGAGGAAGAAGUGCGGUCAGCUCACCAGUCGUCCCUGCUUAGGCUACGUGAAAAAGCACUGAAAGAGAAGGCAAGGGCUGAGCUAGCCUGGCUGGAACACCAGAAAAAGUAAGAGUGUUCAGAAAACAUAAUGACCCCAAAUUUAGUAAUUUGUGCUCCAUCCUAGGACUUCUUUGGUUUUCUGUCAGUUUUGUUAAACUCUGCUUCCAAACCCCUUUUGCAAAUGUUCUGAAUGCCAUGAAAUAACGAUUAAACAAAGAAGUGUGUUUGUAGUUACACAAAUAGAAGCCCUGGGGGCAAGGUUGGUGCACAGUUGUGCUGCAGAAGCCAGAUGGAGUUUAAAUGAAGUGUGAUUUUUUAAAAGCAUAGCUCUGCCUCACUUGUAAGGAAACAGUGAGUCUUUCUGUAUAUUUCAUAUUAACUUUAAUAUAUUCUAUCAUGUGGAUUCUUGAAAAGCAAAGAAUUACUGUCCAUCUUUCUUUUGAGGGAGAUCUUCCAGACAGUGCAAUCCAUUCUUCAGCUGAUCACCCUACUCUUUUUCACACAUGUGAACCGUCAAGCACUUAUUGCUUGCUGGUUCUAAUAUUACGGAACCUGAUCAUCUGUGAUGGGAUUGGAUAGUUCCAUUUCUUGGCCUAGCACCUGGAGAUUAGAAUUGCCUCUAAAAAACAGUUUGGCUAUUUCUGCCCCCGAAAGGCCCAGGUUCUUUAUCCCGUAGGCCCUAUGUUUUGGGGAGUAUGGUCCUACUUGAAGUAAUUAGCUAGUACUAAAAAAUGAGUGCUGCUGCUGUCUCAUCAAGAACAACCAAAAUGGCCAAAUAUGAGGUACCAGGAUUGCACAGGGUUAUUGCCCACCUGGUAAGUGAGAGUGUGAGUGCCACGGUUGCUCUUGGAUCCACCCUUUCAGGUGUUGGCUAGUGUAGGCACAGGAAGAGCAUGUCUGUAUAGCAUCCUAAAGCCAUCCGACAUGAUGUAGAAGCAUCUAAAUUACUUCAACACAUUAGCUAGAUUUGAAUUAGUCUAUUAGAACAAGAUUAUAUUGGCUAUGGGGCUCCGAUGUUUUGUGCUCCAGUUCCCGUCACCCCCAGCCAGCAUGAACAAUGGUCAGGAACAAUGAGUGUUGUAAUCCAAAGCAUUUAGGGUAAAGCUGUCCAAAGUCUAGCAGAAUUGGGGGAGGUGUGUAGUUGAAAAAUUCCCCAGGGGGCAGUGGGAUCCUUGUGGGGUGGGGUUGAUGUGGGGUGAAAGAUGCUUUGUGCAUUUGCCCGCACCCCAUAGUCCCCUUUGACUAGACUUGACCAUCCAGGUGUCUUUUACCUUUACCCCUAUGCAUUUGCUAACCAAAAUAAAACUGUAUUACCAAUAUGUAAAUGAAAAUGAAAAUCCAUAACUACCAAAACAGAAUUGCAAGGCAGAAGUGAGAGAAAGUGAACUUUCCUUGCCUUGAUUCUCACAGGCGUUUACGAGACAAAGGAGAGGACGACAAAAUGCCACCUAUCCGAAAGAAACAGCGUGGUCUACUUCUGAAGUUGCAGCAGGAAAAGGUAAAAAAUAAUUUUAAAUCCACCUAUGCCAAGUUUCUCCUUAAUCACUGAAUUUUGAUCUGGUGUAUAGGGCUGGGCAAUAUCUGGUUUUCAACAUAGUGAUAUAUCACCACCUAAACAUUGUGAUACACUGAUACUGAUCACAAUGUCUGAAAUAAGGUUGGAGCUUUGCAGAGGCAUCGUGAUAACAGCUUUUCAACAUCGCUGUAUGUCACCAGCCAAACAUUGCAGUCUGGCGACAUGCCACAAUGUUGAAAACACAAGCUGCAUUGGCCUCAGCCUGUAAGACAUCGGGUAAAAUUGCCACAGCGCCCAGCAGGGUGGGACAUGGCAGCUUGUUGGGGCGCAGGAGGGCUCCCCAUCCCCAGCAGAGCCAUCCCUGGUGCCCCCCUGCUUGUGUGGGAGCCAGUGCUGGGCUGGGGAAUCCUUUAAAUGCUUGAAGGGGAGCGGCAGCUGCGCACUCCUUAGCUGAGCAGUUGAAAGAUGUAGAGGGCGGAACAAGCUGUAUUGGAGCCUCACCAGUGAAGCUUUUUCUCCCUCUGUGCAGUAUGGGGGCAGAGUGGGAUGGCGGUUUCACUCAGCGAUAUACCGCUGAGUGAAGCCGACAUCACUGUCUGCUCCACAUACCAGUCCUGGGCGAUAUAUUGAUAUAUCACCCAGGCAUAUUGUAAACUCCUUUGGGAAUUUAUUUUCGGCUAAAAAAUUGGGAGACGGGGAAUGUUUUAGACAGUUGCAUAUAAAACAUUGCCCAUACUUUAAAUCUUUGAAUCUGAAGCAGACGUGAUGUAUGAGGAAAGUGAGAGCGGAUGAAUGGAGAAAAUGAGUAUUGGAGGUGAGGUACUGAAUUCAGAAAGGGGGAGAGGGGAGGAAAAAAACCAUGGGAGAAAACGUAAGUUUCAACCAGUGCAUUAUAGAAAACACACUGGAAUAGGACAUUGCAGAGAGAAGGUAGGUCUAUUUCAAGAGGGUUAGAGCCAGUGAAACAAAGGAAGUGGGAAGGAACAUUGAUUGACAGAAGAGAAGAUGAGAAGAUUAGCAGAAAAGUUGAGAAAGCUAAUUAUUAGAAUAAAAAGCUUGUAAUGAAAGCAGGAAGUAUAAAGUAGUGAUAGGGAUGGGGGAAGGGGAAAGAGAUGUGGUCCAAACUACAGGUGAAGACAAACAUACCAAGCAGCAUAAUGAGGAGCAGAAGUGAAAGGCUGAAGAGAGAAACCUGCAAAAACAUUACUGCUCUUUUUUUGCUUUGCUUUAUUGUUCUUAACUCAUAAAGGCAGAAAUCAAGCGUCUUAAGGAAGCCAAUAAGGCAGCCAGAAAGGAGAGGCAACUGAUCCUUAAGCAGCAGGAAGAGAUAGAGCGAAUACGGCAAACCACUAUGAAACUGCAGGAAAAACUGAAGUCUGCAGGGGAAAAUAAACAGGUAAGCUUCACUGCAAGAGCUGGAAACAUGCACCUGAGAGUUAGCCUGUUAUUUUUAUUUGUAGCACUGCAGUUCUCAAACUGAAUGAAAAAUAAUUGAGACAAAAAAGAGGGGUAUAAGUUAUUAAAAUAAAUAAGCUGGUCCUGAAUACUUUAUUGCUGACAUUUAUGCUUGAAAAAGACCAACCACACAACAGUGACUUCUAAAAUAAUAAGAUCUGUUUUUGUUGCUGGAACUGCAGAUCGUGCUCAUAGGUCUAGAGUUUCUCAGUAUAAUUUCUGUCCCAUCCUUCCUCACCAAGGAGCUCAAGGUGGCAAACAGGUCCACAAUUUAAAAAUGAAAAAAGCAAAAACAUACCGAAGCAGUUAAAACGUUCUAAAAACAAUUGCAUCUAAAAGCAUUUACAGUUAAAAAUAUUUGCAUCCAGUGAUAUUGGAGUUAUAUUAAGAUGCUGAUCAAAGUGUAUAUAAAAUUGAUAGAGGAAAAUAUUCCGCAAAAAAUGCAAGGUACAUGGAUAUAGAAAGAGAGAGAUAAUAGCUAGAGAAAUAUGUAUAGAUAAUAGAAAAUAGCUUUUUACAUGUUGAAUAUCUAUUUGGGUUUUUUUUGUUUUUGGUCGUAGGAGCAUUUUAGUGAGGACGAUGUAAAGCGAACACGUUCUUCAACCCCGCUGCCAUCAGAUGCAGAAACAUGGAGCCUCUCCUCCGUUUCCGGCUCUGAGACCAGUAGCAUUAUGCAGAAACUAAAGAAAAUGCGCAGCCAAAUGGAUGAAAAGUAACUAUUGGUGGUUUUUUAUUGAUGAGAUCAGUAACCGGUUAUAAGGUUGGCUACUUCUUUGGGGUUUACUUUUGCUUCCUAUAGCUGUAGUGUUAUUUCAGUUUAGCUAGCCUCACUGGUGGCUUGGCAUUGUACAUUGAACAUACGAAUGAAUGUGAAUAUACAAAGUUGCCUUGCCAUUUCGUCAAGUAUCACCUAUUCCAGGGGUAGCCAACAUGGUGCUCUACUGACGUUGCUGAAUUCCAACUCCCAUAAUCCUUCACCAUUGGCGGUGCUGGGGCAGAUGGGAGUUGUUGUUACUUUGUUCAUUUUAUAUCCUGCCCUUCUUCCCGCAGGAACCUGGGGUGGCAGACACAGCAUUAAUAAGACACUAAAAAACCCACAAAUAAACCCACAAACAGUUUUAAAACAUUCUAAAAAAAAAUCCAGUUUAAAACAUUCUCAAUGGGUGAUCUCAAGGUUUCCAGGAACAGUGUAUUCUGAUCAAAUGCCUGGGUAAACGCAAAUAUUUUUACAUUUCCCCUGAAAGUCAGUAAUGAGGGAGGCAGACCUACCUGUCACAGAAAAAGCCCUGUCAUGGGUCACCAGCAGCUAGCUGAGCAGUCCCCAGUCUCAGCAGAACCAACAGGUCCUCACCUGCCAAUUGUAGGAUCUGAGAUGGUUGAUACUGAGGAAGGGGCUCUUUUGGAUACUUGGUCCCCAAGCCAUUUAUGGCUUUAGUACUGACACCAUGAAUUUGACCUGGUUAGCUCACUGGCAGCCUGGUGACACAUUGUUCCAUUGGGUUGCCCCACCUACCAGCCUAGCCACUGGAUUCUUCACUAGCUGCAGCCUCCAGACCAUCUUCAGGGGCAGAACCACAUUACAGUUGCCCAGACAGGAGUUCACCAGAGCGUGGACAACUGAGUCCUAGGCACUCCUAGCCACUUGAGGUUCCAGUGACAAGUUGGAAUCCAGGAGUACUCCCAGACUAUGAGCCUGUUCCGUCAGGAGGAGUGCAACCCAUCCCAGGACAGUUUAGACACCUAAACCCCAAACAAAAGAACCACCCGCCUAUAGCACUUCAAUCUUGUUAUCAGGAUUCAGCAUCAGUUUAUUAGCCUGAACCUUCACUGCUUCCCACACACCCGUCCAACCAACACCUUCACAGUCUCUCCUGAUUUAGAUGGAAUGGAGAGAGAGAAAAAAUUGUGUGUCAUCAGCAUACUGAUGGCACCUUGCUCCAUUUCCCAAGAUGGCAGCUCUGAGCAAUUUUAUAUGAUGUUAAAUAGCAAAAGAGACAAAAGAAACCCUUGUGGGACCCCAUAGCCCAAAAGCCAUGGAGCUAAGCAACAUUCUCCUGGUACUACUAUCUGAUCAUCAUGCUGCAAGUAGGAGCGGAACCACUAUAACAGUUUUUUCACCUCUCUGAGUCGCUGCAGAAAGACACAUGGUCCACCACUGAGAGGCUAAGGUGAACCAGCAGGGUUGCAUUCCCCCUGUCUCUCUCAGUCUGGAUGACUAAGGCUGUUUUGGUGCCGAUCUGAAACCAGACUGGAAUGGAUCUAGAUAAUCUGCUUCCUCUGACAACAUCUGGAGUCCAACAAUGUCUGCAGGGCACCACGUUAGCAAUUGCUGGUCUAUUCUGAUAGGUAACAAGAGACUGUCUAUAGUCCUGGACAGGAAAAUCUCUCUGACAUCCCUUUUAGACUGGCCGUGUUGCGCAUUGAACUUGGGACCUCUUGCAUGCAAGAUGCAUGCUCUCCCACUGAGUUAUAUUGCUGAGCGUACACAUCUUCUGCAGGGCUGCAGCUGUAUAAAUGCAUUACUUUAAUGGGUAGUGCUUGCUAUAUAAUGUGAUAUCUAUCUCAAUGCAGCUUGUAAAGAGGUGGUCUUUCUCUUCAGCUUUUGCUACCUCCAAACCAAAUGUGAUCUUUGAAGCUUAACCUCAAAGGCUCAAAUUCAUCAGGAGAACAAUUCAUGAAAUAAGAUGGUGCAGCUUGAGGUUGUGUGUUGGGUUGAGUACUUGCAUUUAAAAAAAAAAAGAUUAUUUUAUUUCUGUCGUAUGUAGUAUUAGGCAUCUUCCCACUGGUGAGGACUUUAAACUGAAAUACUGCCUUUCAGUCACAGUAAAAAUUGUUUUUAUUAGUUCUAUGCAGGAUUUAAAUUCCCAUGUGGGGCUUUGGGUAGGUGGGGCAGGGAGACACAAGUGCCAGGGUUUCCAUAAAUGCACUGGGGUUUGCCCUCAACGCUGCCUUCAAAAGAUGCCCCUGAACAUCAGAAUGUUGCCUGGCACCAGAGCCAGCAAUAAGACAUGGCAGUUUGGAACUCUCCCUAAGACACACUCUUACAGCUUUUGACACUCUAUUAGGGUCUGCUGUCCAUGGAAAAAAGAUUCUGGUUUCCAAGAUGGUGGAAGCACAGCGUGUUUCUUUUUAUGUUUAAAAGAAACAGGUAUCUGGCAUAUUUCAAACUAUUGCAUUUUUUUACAUGUGCUUAAUGGGAGAGUUCUUUAAUAAAUUAUUCUGCUAAAUUACAUAGAAGCUUAUAGCAUAUUUACAGCAACAGGCAGCUUAGCCUCCUGUUUCAUGUCUGGAAUCGGCAAGUCUGUAUGGAAAAGCAGAAUAUUUUGUAAAUUGUCAAAGAUGCCGACAAACUAGAGAAUGAUGCUCUUGGGCUUUCUGCAAAACUAGGUUUUAUCUGACAGUUUGUAGGAUUCCUCCUCUAAGGAAUUAUCAGGAUCUAUGUUUGGUCAGAGGAGAAAUAAAAGACUUUGUCUGUAGUUUGCAUGUGAACAGGAGCAUGCUCUGUCAAAGAAUUAACCCCUUGUGAUCCUGGCAUAUUCAGCCCCUUGACAUGGAGCCGUCCCAAACACAAGUGAUACUUCAUGUUGCUGUACCUUAGUGAGUUCUUACUGUGCAUGCAUAACUGAUUAGUGCCUAUGAAUAGCAUGACUUUUACUGUUUACCAACUUUCUCAGCCAGUGCUUUGUUUGGCUUUAACAUUUUUGCCAUGUAGACAUUUUAGUAGAGAUGAUGUCCUGUUGCAAAGCAGUAUUUGAAAAGGAAAGUGUGUGUGUGUGAAGUGUGAAAUCCGAAGAAUAAAACCAACUUCUAGUGAAAAAUGGCAGCAUAUGAACUCUUCAACUGACAUUAGUUUUCCACAUCAUUUUGAAGUUUUGCACCAGGAGGUUCUGUGCAUUGAAGUUGCAGCUUUUUUUCUUUUGAUUUGGCGUUCAUUUGCUUAGCUUAGGGCAGUUCAUUAGAGUUCUCAUUAGUAGGAAUGUGUCUACUAGCUAGAACAUGGCUUGAAACCUUUGUUCAAAUGGUCAGAAUAGCAAGCCUUUUAAAAUUCAGUACUGAAAUGGAUAGGUGGAAUCCCUUCCUCUUAUAAACAAUGGGCGGGGGGAAUCCUAAAAUGCAGCAAGAGUAAGAUAUGUUUCGUAGUGUAGAAAGUGCCUGGCUUUUGACAGGGAACGAAGGGUUGUAGGUAAUGCAUGGUUACGUUCUGUUGCCUUUGGAGUCUUCUACUUGUGGAAAGACGAUAUGUUUGACAUUUAAGACCCAUUUGUGCAAGAUGCUCUCCUGCUCUCAUUUUUCUGUCUGUUUCUUGCUAUCUUGGCUUAAAACUCUUCCUCCUUAUUUUGUAGACACUGCUCUCCUGUUCACUACUUCUUCUCUGUCUUUACGUCUCACCACUGGGCUUCUCUCAGUGUCUGUUUUCCCAACCUCCAUCCCAAAUUCCAGCUGUAUAUCUACAACCAAUUGGUCAGGUAACGUUCUACCUUUUUAAGUGGUAGACUCUUUGAUCGAGCAUGCUCUGUUCAGUUUUACAUGACUGGGAGGCUCUUCAUGAAUUGGACGGAUUUUUCACAGCUCUUACCUGGUAAUUCUGUAGAUGUGACUGGCAGUCUCCUGCCUCUCUUAGUUACCCAAUGCAUAAUUUAGUGUUAGAGAACAAUGGUUUAGGCAGAGAUUCUGAGAUUUAAUUUGUCUUUUAGCACCUACCUAUCAGCUGAGAACACCAGUUUUGAGAUUUUUAACUGUAUAUAAAUAAAAGAUUCUUCAGUUCAAUUAUUUGCUUUCAUUAAGCUGUUCAGACUGAUUUGAAAAUAAUGUUGGUGCCUUGUAUAUGGCCACAUUGGUUGAAAUUUAUCCUGCUCAAACUAAAUUGCUUAUAAAUGAGCCCAAAUCAGAGUUAGGAAUAAUGAUGCAAUCUAACCAAAUGUGUUUCUGUUUCCAGUAAUUGCAGCUUCCACCAAAUAAUUUGGGGUAUUUUCAUGGUGGCCUGAUUUUUAAAAGGCAUGGAUAUUAGGAUUAGCAGAGGGAGGUACAGCAAGCAAAGGUUGUUGACUUGCAAAAGCCAUGUGGGAAACAGAGACACAAUAUAGUUCUGGACUCUUUAUUUCCUUGACACAUGAUGACUGCUUUGCCUAGCUCCUGUUUUUAACCUUCACAGGAUCCUUGCUGUUUCCAAUAUUUUCCCUCUAAUUAUGAGGUUCAGACUUACUAUUUAAAAAAAAUAAAAUUAAUGCGUCUUAGGUUUUUACUUAGCACAAGACUUUAAAAUUCAUUGCUUUCUUGGUUGAAAGACAUCAAAAUGGAGAAAGGAUGCUCCCUGGCACCAGAUCCUCCUUCUGCUUCUAACUUGGAGAAUAGAGACCAGUGGGAUCAUGAAAUUUCCAGUGUAACAGAAUGGAAAAAAAUCAAAUGAUCAGAAGCAAUCAUCACCCCACUGUCUGUUGGGUUCUGACUUACGGACCUAAGCCUUUGGCAUGUGGAACAAUAAGCUUCCAAUUAAAGCUUUGUCUGAACAUCUCUAUUUUAACAGCAGAAGAACCCAAACCUAGACAACAGCUUAGGGCAAUUGUUUAGGUAUGCUUUUUUAGCUCCCAUGGAAAGUGUGGCUUCCAUAAGCUGGCUACCUGGCAAUUGACACUGCUGUGGUUUUAGGUUAUCUGACUUCUACCCAUAGGAGCCCAAUUCCUAGGGACCGAGGUCCCUUUGCCCCCCAUGAAAUAUUUGAGGGGGCUGAGCCCCCCAAAGUUGAUGGGCAUUGCCAUUCAAAUGGUGUGCAUGUGCCAUGUCUUGUGAUCGAUUAUGCCCCAAUAUUUUAUUCACGUUGGCAUCCGUGCAUAUACCUGAGCAUUUGGUUCUCCUUUGUCAAAUUUCCUUAUUCUGCUAAGGAUAAUUAGUGAAUGGUCUCCUUAGGAGGAGAUCCUCCCUUGUCCCAGUCUUCUGCUUCCUUUUGUAAUAUAUGAAAAUAUUUUGGUUUUGUUGCUUAGAACUUCCAAGAACUGCUAGGAAAGAAGUUCUGGAAAUGUAAUUGAUAUAGCUUUGUGUCAAGGUUCAUUGGAAAGUCACAGUAAUAAUUACCUUUUAAAUAUCUACUUCUCAGCUUUCUAGAUCAGGUUUUUGCAAUCUUCAUUUUGUGCCCCAUUUAUCAGAGGAUGAUGCGGUCUGUCUCCAUUAUGCUACCAUUAAACAGCAAUUAUUUAUACAUACAUACAUACAUACAUACAUACAUACCACCAUAGAGAGGCACUAUUCAAAUUUUUUUCUGCCACCAGGGUUUGGCUAAUUUUGUGUUCACUAUUUGUAUUUCUUAGAGCCCUGUUCUCAUGGUUGACAGUAUUUCAGAAGAACUAUUUGUUUCUUCAAUCUCUUGUAACUUGGGGCAGUAGGAAAAUGUAUGGCUUGGUGGAGAUGUGUGCAUUCCAUCUCAACAGCUUCUUUCUGGAGGAUUACAUUGAUGUUCUGGGCAAUAGAGUCUACUGCAGUUCCUGACACAGUUUGUUGAUGAGAUAGAAAUCCUGAAUUCUAUAAUUGUUUGCAAAGCAUCCAGAUAUGGAGGUGAAUUGCUGUAUUGCUAGCAAUGCAGUUAUAUUAAAUUGUAAGCCUAGACUUACAAUUAUCUGUUACUUCAAAUAAUCUAGAAUUCAUUUGUAACAUUCUUAAAUUCUGUGCUGCUCGCGCUUUGAUCUGUUGAAAGAUUAACCUGGAUGGGAACUCUCCCCCCACACACCUUAUUUUUUAGGGCAGGUUGUGCCGAAUUAUGUGAAGUGACAUGUAUUAACUUCUGUUGCCUCCUCUUACUUUUUCAUGUAUUCUUGUUGUACUGAAUUAGCAAUCAUGAUACUAAUUGCAAUAUUGUUAUUAAAUAAUGUACCUUAAGCCAAACAUGUCAAUGGAGGGUCAGGUACCUUGUCUCCUACACUUUGUGGCACUUGUAACCAAUUUCUCACUAUUUUGUUUGCCAGGUUCUUGACAAAGCGAGAGCAAAAAUUGAUGAAGCGUCGCCAGCACGCUGAAGAAUUGCUGGAAUGGAAACGCCGCUUAGAUGCAGAGGAAGAAGAGAUACGUCAAAUAGAGAAGCAAGCCCUGGCUGCCUGGGACAUGGAGCUGCUUAAAGCAAAAGUGAACAGAAAGGGGGCCGGAGACCAGAAAUCUGAUGCAAAAGGUACAAAAAUGAGAGGGUGUUCUUGAGAAAGACCUUGAUUGGGUUCUGAUCAUGGAGGAAAGACUCAUGCAGUUGGCCCAAGUCACAGGAGCAAGAUGAUCCUUUCCUUCAACAUGGAAUUGCACCACAGUGGAGCAGCUCUCACAUCUUCCAGAGAUAGAUAGUCUGAUCAAAGGGUUAGAUCAAAGGGUUAUGCCCAUUUCACAUGAUUAUUAGACAGAUUCUUCUUCUUCUUUUUAUAGCAGCCACCACUCAAAAGGAGGAGAUCAUCAGUUAAGCAUUGGUUUAGCUGCUGUUUGAUGGUUCUUGGUAGCUGUGUUUUUUUUCUGGAGGGGGAAGAAUACUUGGUGCACUUGAUAUAGCCUUCUGUGCGGGUGGCACUGUGGGUUAAACCACAGAGCCUAGGGCUUGCCAAUCAGAAGGUCGGAGGUUUGAAUUCCCGCGAGGGGGUGAGCUCCCGUUGUUCAGUCCCUGCUCCUGCCAACCUAGCAGUUCGAAAGCACAUCAAAAGUGCAAGUAGAUAAAUACGUUUACCAGCGGAAAGGUAAACGGCGUUUCCGUGCACUGCUCUGGUUUGCCAGAAGCGGCUUAGUCAUGCUGGCCACAUGACCCAGAAGCUGUACGCCGGCUCCCUCGGCCAGUAAAGCGAGAUGAGCACUGCAACCCCAGAGUCAUCUGCAACUGGACCUAACGGUCAGGGGUCCUUUUACCUUUACCUUUUCUUGAAUGGUUGAUCUUGUCUUGAACUAUUCCAGUUCGUUGCAUUUGGUGAAGAACUAAUGCCAGUGCUUUGAUCUGGCAGGAUAAAGAUGGUAACAACAACCUUUCUUCAACCACCUUUCCUUUAAAUGAAAUUGGGGAAAAUUGAAAUUGAACUCUGUGUGAAAAAUGAAACAUUAAAAUUCCAGUAUCAGUCCAAAUGGCCCCAAAUGUGAAAAUCCAAAGUAUAGGAACUUUGUUUAUUCAGUAUUUGAAGGAAGGAGGUAUAUAACUAUACCUUACUCUAUUUUAUAAAAAAAAAUAUUGGUUUUACAUUUUAGUUUUACAUUCAGACACAAAAUACAAUCAUAAAGUAUAGAAUUCUCUGAAUUCUCAGACUUCCUUCCUUCCCUCUGUGGAAUCCGCAAAUAAUCACUUUCCACUGCAUAUCAUAUUGUCAUCUAUUUGUCCAUAAAUACUCAACUUUAUCCAAAGUUCUUUUUCAAGUGCUUUGCAAGUGUUAUUGCAAUCCUGCUAAUAUUUUUAAUUGUUUAAGUGUUCUCUCAAAUAAGUUACAAAUUCCCCCCAGUCUUUAUUAAAAAUUUUAUCAUCCUGGUUUCUGAUUUUUUUCCAGACAUUUUAGCCAUUUUGGCAUAGUCCAUCAAUUUUGUUAUUGAUUCCUCUCUUGUUGGAAUCUUCUCUUCCUUCCAUUUCUCGACUAAGAGUAUCUGGGCUGACGUAACUAUUCCUUAGUCUUACCUCUUUUUCCUUUGGCUGACAUCUCCAAGGAAAAUAAUAUGCAUGAGUGGGAUAUCUGGGGCCUUUGUUUUUUGUCACUGUGGUUGUUACAUACUUCAUAUAACAUCACUUUAUAGUGAUGACCCUAGGGCUAUCAAAAGCAGCAAUAAAAUAUUUGUAACAUUUAACUGAAUCAUUGCCAGAUACAUCUCAUUGGACUGCAAUACCUCAAGCAUCACCUCUCCCCAUAUGAACCAACCCAGACCCUGCGAUCAUUAUCUGAAGCGCUUCUUUUCAGAGGGCGGCAACAUGAGAACAGGGUUUUUCUGUGGUGGCUCUCCGCUUGUGAAAUGCUUUCCCCAGGGAGGCUCACCUGCUGCCUUUGUUACACACCAGGCAAAAACAUUCCUUUCCUCCCACGACUUCAGCUAAUUUAAUAAUCUAUGGUUGUUUAAACUGGGGGGUGGGUAUUUUUUUUUUGUCUGUUACUAUGGUAUGUAUUUUGUGCUUUUAUAUUGUAAAUAGCCCCAUAAUCCUCAGAUGGUGGUGUAGAGAUGAUGGUGGUGAUGAUGAUGAUGAUAAAUUGCUAAUUACAAUUGCUUGUUGUUCAGCUGUGCCUGUGAUCUUUGUGUGAGGAUUCAUUAAUUUUGUGUGUGUCCCUCACCUCAGUAAAGGGGAAUUAAAUUUGUAGUCAGAACAUUUGUAUCAUCUCUGUAUGUGAAGGUGGCGGUAGUUAUUGCUCUACUGACUCUACUCCACUAUCUUUUCCCAGAAAUAGCCAGUGAAGAUGAGUCUUCAGUGCUACCAUGUUCUCACCUGAAUAAUGAAAGUUCUGUCCCUGAAGAACUGGGCAGUGUCACUGCUGAGAAUUGCCUAUCAAAGAUCUCUGAGGACCAAGAGCAGUUGGAAAGCCUGGAUCACAAACCUACUGAAGAAAUGGUUUAUAAACACGUUAGUGAACUUGUUUAUCACUGUACUAAAACCAUGUUGCACCGUGACUAAAUAUUGCAUAUAGUUUAUUUUCUUCUUGGAAGAAAAAAUAGCAUUAAUAUUUUGAUUUCAGCAACUUGUAGUAUAUCUAAUUAUAGCUGCAGAUGGAAUUCUCCUAAAAGUUCACAGAUGCUGAGCAGUUGUAACUAAAGAACUAUGACCAGAGAAUGUUUUCCAUACUUGUGAUUGGUCUGUUGAAAAUGAUUAUCAGGAUGCAUGUUUCCCACCCACCUCCCAUGUGAAUUUUACAAGCAGAUCACUUUCUUCCCUCUUUGAAUAGUCUCCAUCCAAAAGCAGCACAUCCCCGUCAAAGCAAGAAUCUAGCAAAGGAACCCACAGAACUGCGGAGCAGCAAAAUUUAUCUACAAUAUCCCAAGAUGUAUCUUACUGUUGGUCCGAUGAAUCUUUUUCCAUGACUCAGUCAGGUACGUAUUAGAGCUUCGGGAUUCCUAUCUUGUUUUUCAAGCAUAAGUCACACUCAACAUUUAGGCAUUAAUAUUUCUUUCUUGCUGGGGAAAGUACAUAUUGUUUCCAUUUAGGAAGCUUGUUCACUAGAGUAAGUGUCAAUGUCAGUUCUCAACACUCCCCCCCCCCUUGGGGCUUUUUGGGCUGAAUCUUUAAAAAAUAGGUGUGAAGGUACGUAAGCUUGAAAAAGCUCGGAGUUCUUCCAAAAUUCCAUUGAUGAAAUCAACAUUACCUGGGUGCCUAACCGCACUUAGCUUCAUUGAUAUAUGAACAGGUUUGUGAAGAUUGCUACAUUAAAUAUUAGCUUACUCAUGCAUCACCAUCAAACUAGGUGGAACUUAAUAGCAUGAGCAAACAAGAGAAGGCCCCGACUCAAAAAUCAUAUGAUCAAUCAAUUAGUAAAGCAGUAAAAAAAGUAGUACUGCGCAUUUGUCUCUGAAAUUAUGAAAACUUUCCUUAUCAGAAACUGCAUCUGAUCAAAGUGAUGUUGAAGGCCGGAUUCAGGCUCUGAAGGAUAAGUUACGGAAGAGAAAGUCUGUUGUUUACCAGCUGAAAAAGGAGCGGAAGAAGAGGUACAAGGAGAGGCUGAGAGCCCAAGAGGCUAGUUUGAUCAAGCAGUUAGAGGUAAGGAUAACUUGAAAGAGGUGUUUUAAAUAGUCAUGGAAUCUAUAAGAAAAAUCAUUUUCUCCUCCAGCUUGGUAGUAAUGGUGCCACUAUUUCCAUGUUUUCUUUUAAAAUGCACAAUUUUAAAAUAGUAAUCACAGCUUAAAGGUUGCAGUUUUCUAAGAUUCUAUAGUCUUAGUGGUGCUGACAAAUAGGGAAGAAUAAUGCUCUUCUGAGGUACAGUUUAGUUAAUAUGCAGUGGCGUAGCGUGGGUUGUCAGCACCCGGGGCAAGGCAAGUAAUUUGCGCCCCCUAACCCGUGGAUUUUAGUAGGGGCAGAGAGCUGCGAGUGCGACCGCGCCCCCCCGAGAUGUUGCACCCAGUGCGGCCGGCCCCCCCUGCACCCCCCACGCUACGCCACUGUUAAUAUGCAAAAGCUAUUUGAAAAAAAUAAAUUAUUUUCAGUUAUAGCAUUCUGUAUUGGCAUAUGUUCAGUAAGACUGUCAAGGUAAACUUAAUUAAAAUGGAGCAAAGAGAAUUUUUACAAGAAUCUCAUCCUCUGUUUCUAUUUGUUCACUCAUUUUCAAAGUAAGAAUUAAAGUUCUCAGACUUUCCUCACCUAUUCUCAGACUUAUGAUGAAUUCAUUAAGAAGACUGAAGCAGAACUGAGUAGGGAUCUGGAGGCAACGUCUACUGCAAAGCCUCAAAUUAAAACCCCGUCUUCACCUACUGAGAAACCAAAGAUCAAGUCAUCUUCACUGACUAGGUAAUACAGUUGUCUUUCUAAGUGUAUGCCAUUGUAUAUUUCUUCCAGAUACCACAGUUAAAUUUGUUUGUUGUAUCACACGGAGUUGGAGAUUAAGACUUAUGGGGAGAUCUAUUUAUUUUUUUAAAAAAUGCCCUGGCCUAAUAGCAAGUUUUGGCCAGGUUUUUUAUUACCAUGUUUCUUUAGUGUCUUUAGCGUAUCACACUUUCACAUACCAUAAUGGCAUAAUGGCUGUUGGUUUCCCUUUUUUUUUUUUAAGGUCAGAACCAACAAAAAGUUGGAAAUCGAUAACUGAUUCUGAACGUCCCAGAGGGUCCCUGGAGUCCAUUGCAGAGCAUGUUGGUACGUAGCUUGAAAAACCAAUGCUUGCUGAUCUUGUCUCUGCCGAAACCUUCCUGGAUAUUUACAAUGUGCAAACUGUAUGAGGGGUGUUGUGGGUAAACUAUAUCCAAGAUAAAUGAUUCUUCCUUCUUUGGGGCUAUAGUUUUUGAAAGUAAUGUCAGUUCAAUCAACACUUCCCCCAGUAAUUAAUUGUAACAGUUUCCGGACUACAGCCUUGGAACAAGGAGGUACAAUUUCGGAAACUGUUUCAUGCCAAAAGUAUGAAUUUCAGAAAUAUAGUUUAUAUUGGUAUCAAAGUACUGCACAUAUUUCCUAGUGUUUUUCACCCCUUCUCUGUGUGCGCAGUUACGCUGUGUCUUUACAUUUUUCUGUACUUCUUCAAAGUUGAAAUGAGGCUGUAUUAGAAAGGGUGCACAAAACUUUUCUACGCACAAAAAGGAUUAUAAAAAGUCAAUUGCUUCAACCCUUUCUCUUCCUUUUUAAAAAUGCCAAUUUGAGAUUGAAAUCAAAUAGAUACCAGAUAAAAAUGUUUAAAUUUGGUUUAAAUGUGUCCCAGAGGACUCUCCCCAGGUCGCGCCCCCUGUCACCAGGCCAUGUUCCUCAUGCCCCUUGAGUGCUUUUGCUUGGCUGGAAUGUGUCCUUGAACUGUGAUCAAUGCCCCUUGCUUGCUUGCUUGCUUGCUUGCUUGGAUGGAGGUGGUGGAGAGACACACGUCUUCGUGUGUGUGUGUGUGUGUGUGUGUGUGUCUGUAUGUAUGUAUGUAACUCUUCAAUGUUUGCGUGGCUGGAAUGUAGCCAGCUUUACGAAGGCUAGGAUCCUCCACCCACUUUUGCUUUUGGCCCCAUCCACCACUGACACAUUGCUCCAGAAAGUUGCUCAUGAGGGAAUACAGCCCUUGAAAAAGAUUCCUCGCCCCCGGUUUAAAAUAUUCCGUUCCUUCCUGUGAAUGGAACGGGGCUUUCCUUCCUCGCUCCUUCACUCUGGAAUUCUCACUGCUCUUACCCCAAAUCUGCUGGUGAGCAUUAGGGACCCCCCUGGAACAGUGUGGGAUCUGGUAUGAGAGACUGCAGAUAGGGAUGGGAGCUAGAGGAAGUCAUUUUGUUGUGACUGGAAGAGCCACUUCGGAUAUAUAUGUUUGACACUGUAAGAUAAAACUACAAAACUGUAUUAAGAAUUCUUAAUACAGGGAUAUGACUGUAGAUAUGUGUAGUCUCUAUUGGUCCUCAAAACUGGGGAAAGGCCCAUGGGCAGGAAAAGAAACAGGAAGAAACCUUAGGGGCUUGAAGAAACAUUUCCGCCCUCAGUGGUUUAAGAACUUGGUGGAAAUUACUGUAAAAAAUGUGCUCCUGAGAAGGAAUUAAUUCUAGAAAUAAAUCUGUCUUCAACUAUGUAGAGACCUUUCCUUGUUUUUUCCUGAAUUGUACCUCCCAAGUUAAUUUCUGUGGUGUUCUCUCAUUCAUACUCUCUCUCUUUCAACUUCAUGAAUGUAAGCCAGAAAAAUGCAGGUGAUUAGCAUUUCAUAAUUUAACGUAAUACAACCUGUUACCUAUUAUGUUGCUAAUUGAUAGUUUUCACUGUGUUGGAGUUGUGAACCUCCAGAAUCUUGGAUGUGCACUCUUUCAUUUCUCCACUCACUCCCCCCCUCCCAUUUUCUCUGUCCUACUCUAUUGCCCUUUUAGUGAAACAUUGGCCUUUUAAAGUAUCUGUGAAAAGUUUUACAUAUAUAUUUCUUUAGUUGGAUAUAGUGCUGUUCUUAACUGAUAUGUUGUUAAGCCCCUCUGGGUUAUUUUGUAAGGAAGUUGGGAUGUACAUUUUUAAAAUAAAUGAAAAACUACUUGACUGCACGGGUGUUUAGCCUGGCUAUCAAGGAUUACACUUUUUCAUUAGAACACAAGCAUGAUUGACUUAACUGCUUUAAUAAGGUUAAAUUGCAAAUGUUAUACAAAAUGAUGUAAGCCAUUCAUGUCUUUAUUCCCACCCCCACCCCUCAGAUGCUGCUUCUCAUGAGAAAUCUGUGUCUGCAUACACCAAAAAAUUCAUUGAAGCAGAAAUUCAGACCGAGGAGCACUCCCGAACACUAAACUCAUUUGUACAGUCCCCAAGAAUAUCUAGAGCAGAACCUGGUGGUUCAUUGGACAGUUUGGCUUCGUCAGCUCUCUUCAAAGACUUAGGAGACUUAAGCAAAACAUCCCAUGUGUCACAGGACAGGUUUGAAGAUGCAGAGAGUUAUGAUUCUAUUGUUUCCACUAUUAGAUCUGUGAUACAAGAGGAAAUUGAAUCUGUAGAAUCAGAGGCAGAAGUUUCUCAGAAGGUUUCUGAAAGAUGUGAUGCUUAUAAAUUUAACAAAGAGCUGAAGAGUUCACCUCCGGCUUCCCUAAAGACAGAUGUGUGUCCUGAGGCUGAGCUGUUGGAAAAGAAUCAGACUGAGUUGGCUUUUGUAUGUGUUGAGAGAAAAACUGAGAUGCCAAAGGAAACUAACAAGGAUGAUAAAAGUGCCUUAUCGAUCAAAUCCUCUCCUACGUUGAGCAAGGAGCUGCUGAAAGGAGAUGCCUUGGUUUCAGAAAAGAUUUCCAUUUGCAAAGAGCCAGCAUAUUCAAAUGAUUUUGAAGUGUCUUCCUCAGGAACAGAGAUGUCAAAAGAUGAGACAUCUCUUACUGAAUAUUAUAAGGAUGAUUUUGACACAUUUACAUUGUCCCUUGAAAAAGACUCUAGGUCACAGGGGGAGAAAUCUUGCUAUACAAAAACUCCUAGGAGUAGUAUUGAAAGUGAUGAUGAAGUAAGUGAAUGUCUCAGUGACAAGUCUUCAUCUGUGGCUGGCAGUGUUCAUUCAGAGAGAUUAUUAGAACUGAAGUCACCCACAGAAUUUAUGAAAAGUAGGGAACGCAGUGAUGUGGAAGAGGAACCUUCUCAUGUUGAUUCAUCACUUUGGGUUUCCAUUUCCAAGACAGAAGAAGAAACCAUUUUGAGAGGUUUCAACAUUGGUGACAGAGUUCUUGUGAGUAAUAUCCAGCCAGGUACACUGAGAUUCAAGGGCCUGACAGAGUUUGCUAAAGGCCUUUGGGCUGGUGUAGAGUUGGACAAGCCUGAAGGAAAUAAUAAUGGCACUUACAAUGGUGUUCAAUAUUUUAAUUGUAAGGAAAAACAUGGUAUUUUUGCUCCUCCACAAAAAAUUUCUCGUAUUUUGGAAAGUUCCAAUAAUUUCAUGGACACAGCUGAAAACUCUUUAUGCAAACAAGAGCUAAAUCACCACAAAGUGGAUCAAAAUGAAAAAGAGAAUCUUGAAGAGGAGAGCGAAGGAAGAAACCUAAGUAAGAAAUGUCCCCAGAAUAGUUUUCCAAGAGAUGCAUCUGCCGUAGAGGACUCACCUGCAGCCGAAGAUUGUAUAACAUUUGCCUCUCCGCUCCUGGACUUGCUGACGAAAGAAAGAAGCCAAUUAGAAGCACAACUUAGAGUCCCAUCCCAAAAGGAGGAAGAACAGAUAGAGCAAAAGAAAAAGGUUGGCUUGCUGGCCGAUAGCCUCCUGCAGGCUUUUGUGAAGGACACAGUUCAUGAACUGCGGCAAAUUGGGAAGGUCAAGAAUGAGAAAAUCCAGUGUAGCAAUCAAGACCUCUGUUCUGUCCAAGAGAAAAGAUUGGAAGCUAAUGACCUGCAGAGCACUUUAAUUUCUGAACUGGAUGAUGGCGAAGAAGUUUCUUCUCCAGAUAUGUAUCCCAGAGCUGUAAGUACAGUCAAUCUCUAUUGGGGAGGGGGGAAGACGUCUGCAGAGAGCUCUGCAAAACUCUUUCCAAACCUUUUCACCUUUCAUUUCAAGCUCUGGUUGUGGAGCAGACUUUUGAAGCAUAUGUGAUUUUGACAAAAGGAUGUGGCAACCCAGCUAUCAGUCAUGUGGCAUCACAGUGACAUAAUAUGAUAGGUGGAUUACCUGUUGAAGUAUGCCCACAGGUUCCAGCCCCUGGAGCUAAAAAAGGUCCUCUACUUGCAGUCUAGCCAUUAAGUCUUAUGACUGAUGAAUGGAAUGGGGCUUAUCUGGGGCUGAUGCCUACUAGAUUCCACUGUGUAUCAAAAUGUGGCAUACACUAUAGGUGAAAACCACUACUGUUCUGAGUAGCAACCACUUUCUUUUUAUUCUACAGGAAAGCCCUGUGUGUUGUGCCAGUGGUCAGGAAGAGCUUGCCAAGAGGCUGGCAGAACUGGAGCUUAGCCGGGAGUUCCUGGAUUUAUCGGACGAUGAGCAAGAUUGGUUUGAAGAAGACUUUGGCUUGAGUUCUCAAAAACUCAUUCAGAAGGAAGCAGAGGACUUGGCUGUGCCGUCUGAAACAGAGCCCCCCAAAGUGCCUUCCAAGCCAUGUGAAGAGCUAUUGGCUGUCCCACACACUGCAGAAGAGGUGGAGGAGCUGGUGCAUGCAGCAGCUGAAGAAUUAUGGAAGUGCAAAAAGCUGGGGCACGAGAUUCAGGCUUUCAGGCUCCCCAGAGAUAUGAGCGAUUCCCCCAGAGAUGAUGACAUUGAAGCUGUUAGUGAACAGAUCUAUAAACAGGUACAUCAAGGGAGACAGUUGGGAUUGUUGCUCUCAGAUCCACGUGAAAAAUACUUAGGAAUCCUUUGGAAAAGAAGGAAUGUGCUCUUUUGGUCUCCAGCUUUAUUUAUUUAGUUAUUUCAUUAAUACAUCUAUCCCACCUCUCCUCUAAGAAGUUCCAGGCAGUUUCCAUGGUUCUCCUUCCUGCCCCAAUUUUAUAUUUACAACAACCUGUGAUUAAGCUGAAAGGUAGGAAGUAGCCGAAGGUCACCCCCAGAGCUUAUAUGACCUAGUUGAGAUUUGAAUACAGCUCUUCUGGGCCUUAGUCCAACACAAAGUUAGGGGGUGCAUGCAGGGGGUUUGUGUAGGUGUGCAACAAGAGGGGGACCGUUAGAAAGUAAUUCUAGAAGUUGUACCUCAUCAGGAAGAUUCACCUUCCACAUUGAGAGACAUGCACCAGAAUAGCUGUGGUCACUAUGCAGGUGUAAUUAUAAACCACAGACUGCAUAUUGAUAGUCCUGGAGAAUACAACAUCUGAAGCUAUUUUUAUUCUACAUUCUUAUGUUUACCAAGGCUGUGUUUGACUUAACAAGAGAGAUUUUUGAAGAGAUCUUUGCAGAAGAUCCCAGUAUUAACCAACCCAUAUGGAUGAAAUCCUGCAGAAUUAUUACUGGUUAUUUCCAUCGAGUAAAAGAUCCAAAUGAUCUAGAGGAGAUCAAGGUAAGAAUGAAGCUGUUAAUUUCAUUUAGGGACUUGGCACACUUCAUCUGUAAGCCAAAAAAAGUUGUAUAGAAAUAGCUUAUAAUUUUAUCUAGAAUUUUAAAAAAUAAGCCAUGACUUAGUGUAAGCUUUCCUAAGUGUGACCCUUUCCAUUUGCCAGUUUGCACCUAUGCCCCCAUACAAGGCUUGUUAUCUUUUAGUUAUAGCAAGAAGACUUAAGCUCUACCAUGAAUACAUGACUGCUCUGACCUGUAUUCUGGGAUGUAAAACUGAUGAGCUUUGUGGUUCACAAAUAAGUUUAUAAUAGUUACUGCUAUAGUUAGGUAUCAAGUUGCUUUAUUGUAAUUGAACUAGCAUAAUUCUGAGAGUCCUUCCUGGAUAGUAUGUUAAAUUCACUGCAUUUUAGUUUCUGAGGAGGAGGUUUCCUAAAGAAUAUACUCUUGUCACCUCUUAAGAUGACUAUAGUGAGUAGGAUUUUACUAUGUUUAACUACUAUAUAAACCGACAACACAUUUUCAGAAUUUUCACAAGAAUGACCAAGGAAACAUGUUAUAUCUUCUAUUGUACAUUCCAUACCCAACGGUACAAAGUUCUUCACUGGAUAUCUUCCACCUUUGAAUUGUGUUGGUAGAGAGGAUUCUGUGAAUAGGAUAUAUUUCUUUCAAAUAUAUUUAGCUCAUUCUUAUAUACUUUACCCUAGUGUUUCAUAGCAACGGAGGUGCUCAGGCUCUUAAGUUUAAAGAAGGAGCCGAACCACAAAACGGACUGGCAGAAAAUGAUGAAAUUUGGACGGAAGAAACGUGACAGAGUGGAUCAUAUACUGGUCAGUAGAUAUUUUUAAAAUUAGUUGCUGAAACAUUUACUGGAUAGCUAUCAAAGGACAGGGAGUUCAUCUGCUUAUCAAUAAAAUAAUUUGCCCUUCUGUGCUUAUACUGAAACUCAUGGACAUGCUCCAACCAAAACUGAGCACAUUAAAAACCCAUUAGACUGUAAUGGCUUAAUGGAAUCUACUAACUCCAGAGCAGAGCAUUUGCUUUGUAUUAACUUCAUGAGUAGCAAGAACCCAGUGUUUGCCAUUUGGGGCUGCCUUGCUAAACCAAGCCAAAAAUUGUUGUCAUCAGCUUUGUCCAUCCUGCCCUGAUGGAGACAAGCACUUUCAUUCAAUAGCAGCCAAGGAAAACACACACACACACACACACACACACACAGCUAUUUCCUGCAGGAAAAAGAGGUGGACAAAUACACCAGAUUCACCAGAUGCUUGAUGGCAGUGUUCAGAACACCCAUCCCUCUGCAAAAGCCAACAAAAUCACAGCCACCCUUUCCUGCUCCAAAAUAGAAGAGUGUUGGGGGGUUUGGGCCCUACAUGUUUAAAAUGAUCCAAGUGUCUUCGCCACCAAGCUACUUUCAGCACUCUGUCCAGAGUAAAUACUGAAGCCUGGCAGGGAGUUUUAUUUGAAUUGUGAGAGUAGAAUGGGUGCUGGUGGUGAUGUAAGAGUUUGGAAUUUUACUUCAUCUUAAAUGGGUAUAUACAGUAUAUACUCAGUCAUGCUGUCAUUUCAUUGUAUUGCACAGUAUGGGUGGAGCUUAAAAUCACUGCCAGCUGUCAAGACAGACGUAACAGUGGAGGCUGGGGUAUAGCACUACAACUGGCCUGAAGCCCUAGUGUGGAGUGAGUGUAGUCACUGGCAAGCCCAGGUUAUUGCAAUAUUUCCAAGUUUGCUUUUAAGCUGUUAUAUAAAUGAUGACUGUAUUAUGUUGUUCAUAAUAAAACACUUGGGUUGAUUUCCUGAAGCCUGUUCUAAGGUGGGAGGAAGCAAAGGUAGCUGCAGGCUUUUACAAGAACGUGCUUAUUCUAAAUAUGUAUACAGAUUUGUAUUUAAUAGUAGGAACUUUCUCUCCCUCUGCCCCCUCUAAAUUCUAAGACACAGGAGUUGCACGAGGAAGAAGCUCAAUGGGUGAACUAUGAUGAAGAUGAGCUGCAGGUGAAGAUGCAACUGGCAGAUGGAAUUUUUGAUGCCUUACUUAAAGACACUGUUGAUGUCCUUCACCAGAUUAAUGAAAAACACAAGAAGCUGCUGACUGUCUGA